GAAAGUCUUGAGUGUGCCUGCAGACCAGUAGAGACCAUGUCCGCCGUCAUAAGCAAACUGUACUCACCUCUACUCUCAUUUAAAACUAAUUCUCCAUGAAAUAACAGUAACGCUGGGCCCAAAGGAUGGCCAACUCGGUGAGUAAAAGAGGGGGAGGAUUUCCUGCCCUUUUCGGGCUACUGGAGUAUCUAUUUGGACAUUUUUUGUUGCUGUUUUGGCACACCGGAGGAGUCAGAGGUUUUUACUCCGUAACGAGGAUUUUCGAACCGAGCUAGCACGAGCCGAUACGUGCCGCUAUCCCUACGUGAGCGCUGUAAUUCAGAUUUAAACCUAACAACGUGGCAUUUUUGUUGCUUUCUGCUCUAGUCUUUUAGAGUCGCCUUUAACCCCUUUAAUUCAGUAUUUAUUAGAGUAAUUACAGUCUGUUCCCAAAUUCGGCGUAAUUUUUAUACAGUGUUCGGCGAACAGUAGCUUCAAAAUCGGGAAAACGUCAACUCUUUUUAGGGAGACUCUUGUCAUUUUCAUUGCGCGUUUUAGCAGCCACGUAAUAUAACUCCAUGGAAAAUUUGAUGAUGAAUGUUCAAAGUUUGAAUUCAUGAACACAGCUGUUCUUGCUGAUAUAUUCCUUGGGUUCAGUUAAAACUGAAAAAGUCGUUGAUUUUGCUCCUGCAGGUGUGUGGAUUGGACGAAAAGGAAUGUUUCAUUAAAUUAGCAGAUUUUUAAAUGGAAUUUGGUUUGUAAUUUUCCACCCAGAGAACAGGAAAAUUUAACGCCCCCUUCGUUAAAAAUUGAGUAAAAGUUGCACAUUAAACUAUUUAAACUCAUCUUUUUAUAUUUUAUAUUCUUGAAUUUAAUCAGUUACACAUUUUUUUUUUCGUUUUGCAAAGGGUGCUGUUCAGGUGAAACUAGAACUUGGUCAUCGAGCCCAGUUCAGAAAGAAACCCACUGUGGAAGGCUUCACCCACGACUGGAUGGUGUUUGUGAGAGGACCAGAGCACAGCAACAUCCAGCACUUUGUGGAGAAAGUAGUUUUUCACCUGCACGAAAGCUUCCCUAAACCAAAAAGAGGUACGACACCUGAUCCCCUACUACUUUGGUGAUUUUUGAUGCUUUUGGGGGCCCUAUUUCCUCUGAUCUGCUUUUUAUUUGCGUUAUUGUGUUAUCAGCAUGCAUGAAUCCGACCAUGUGUGGAUGCUGGCAGAAAAAGUGACCAUCAUUCUGUUCAGUAUCUGCUCUAUGAAUGAAUGCAGAUUGUGGAGGAAAGUCAGUGGGUUUAGCUUCUGUGGUGCAUUUAAUGGAGUGUUGCAAAGUAAGCACUAUAUGGCCGCAAAUAAAACAAGUGAUGUGUGUCGUUUCUCUGUAAUCCUCUUAGGACAGAAGGGAAAAUUGGAAAUAACGUUUAAUGGAGCAAAAUGUGUUUUAUGGCGUGUGGGAGCUCCUUUUAAAUGUCACUCCCUGCAGAUGCUUUGCUUUGACACCCUGCAGAACAGAAUCACACCUGAUGUUGCUUUUAAUUUUAGAGGUGUGACAGAUAACACUUGUGAUUGUUGCAGUUACUUGCAGGCCUUUUCCUUCUAACAAACCUGAAAGUCUGAAACCAAAAAACCUGCAGAAAAAGGGGUCGGUUUAGCUUCACAUUUGAGACACUGGAUCAAGCCUGCUGCAAAUCUGUGCAGCUCUUUCUAAUGCUUUCCCACUUUUUAAAUACAGAAGCCUUCAAAGCCAUAAUUUGUGGUCUUUGUGGUCUUUGUGCCCGGGUGUUUAAGGUUCAGUCCUAAUGGAACAUCUGGAGAGGAAGAGAUCAAUUAAAAUCUCCUCUGGUUCAGGUUUUUGACCCUACUCCAGCUCUUUGGGAGUUCAGGGGUUGUUUUAUGUGACUUAUGUUUGGCAUCAGUCCAGCAGUGCUUUUUUGUUGUUAUUCAUUUAACACUUAAGUAUACAGCCUACACUAUACUGCCAUUAUUAUCUCCCUGCAUGUGCUUUUUUGUUUUUAUUUGAUUUAAAUAUGUUGGCUAGACUUCCAUCUUUAUACCAGGCUUGUGACAAAUUCAGUCUUUUCCAUAAAUCUCUUAAGACUCCAGCUAACUUAGUUUUAUCAUCACUUUGUCUGCAGGUUAUUCUGUCUGACAAGAACCCUUUUAAUCACCAACCACAGUCACCCAAUUUAAAACAAUUAUGUAGCUGCUUUUACUAUGUCCCUGAGUUUCUUUCAUUGUCAAGAUCUGUCCUCCAGCAGAGCAGUCAUUACUGCAGUUGAACCUGCUAAAUCAUUCUGGUUUCAUAAGCUGUUAAAAAGAGCUGUAAUUUUUAUGUUUUGUUUGUUGGGGUGUCUUUAUAAACCCAUAAAGCAUUUAAAACUUGUUGAUUGUAUUUUUUCCAAUAAGUUUUGGUCAUAGGCAAAACAUUUAGCACUCAAAACUCAACAGGUUGUUACAACAAACUUAGUCAUGUUAAAGGCUUUGACUGAAGUUAGCAGGUAAAGCUUAACUUAAUAUCAACUUGUGCCAAAAUUGAAUGCCCAUAAGAGCAUAGAGGGUACUUACAAUAGACUUGGAAUAUGCUAUGUGUCAUGAUACAGAGGAUUUAAUUCAGUACAUGUCAUGAUACAGAAGUUAGGAUAUGAUACAUGUCAUGAUACAGAGGCUAUGAUGGAAUAUGUGUCACAAUACAGGGGCCACAAAGGUUUUACUAUAGAGGCCCCAAUGCUCACAUAUCACAAUACAGAAGCCACAUAUCAUGAUACAGAGACCAUGUUGCGAUACAUGUCAUUGAUAUCAUUAGAUAUUGUGAUACAGCGGUCGUGUUGUUAUACCAUAGAGCGCCACGUAAGAAAACCCCCUAAUUUUUAAGGUGUGGUGGCUUUUAUUUUCCCAUGAUGACGUGCCUAUAUCAGUUACAUGUAGAAAUUUACCGCAACUGUUUUUCUUUGUGGUUUUUAAUAGCUAAUAAUACAUAACCUUAGAGACCCCAUGACUGUGAACACUAAAAAUUCAGGCCUUGAGAGAUUCUGAAUGUUCGGAGACAUAUUCUGUUCAUUAUACCUGACCUAUUAAGACCUUUCUGUUAUGUCUAUUGCCUUUUUUGAUGCAACAAUUUAUUGUGGUUCUACUUGACUUUGUCAGCCUGUAGAAGUUUCAGAACCUCCAAAAAUAUCCAGUAUUAAGGUCUUUACACACCGAAACCCAUGCAAAUAUAUAACGCGAAAUUACAAAAUAUUCAGAGGCGAAUUUUGACGCGCCUGACUAUACACAUCUUCCACUCAGGUGGAAGUGAGAAGACUGACACAGCACCAGACUGACUGUUUUUCAGUUCUGUUUAGACACUAGUGUUGAGAUGGCUGUCUGUCAUGAUAGCACUGAGUUGGGGCCAGUACCAGAUAAGCACAUUAAACUAUAAUUCAUAAACGUAAGGUAACAACCGAGACCUAAUGGUGCUGUGACAGCAACGGGAUUGAGUUUGAGACAGUGAAAAUACAUAUGGUAUGUUGUAUCUGAACAGGUUACCUUACGAGCCAAAGUUACUUAGCACAGAUGAAAGUUAAAACAAAGACGUUUAGCAAACUGUUAAAGCACACAAACUAUCGUCAUAUGAGAGAUCCGACACUAUGACUCUCCACAAGUUGUCCUUCAGGUCAUUAUCUUUGUAAUGUUUGUGUCUUUUAUCAAAAAGCACUCUGUUCUCCGGCACGUAAACAAUCAGCCGGUCGGCCAUGUUGGAUAUACCAGUGAAUCAGACAUUGCAACAACACGAAAUCUGAUUGGUCAGAAGUGGACACACAGUAUGCGAAACUGUAGAAAAAUUGACCGAAAAAAUAAAUGCCGCAAUAUCGCAGAACGGGAAAACGUCGCUGAUGUGAACGCUUGUAUUGACAGGAUACGGGUUCGAAGAAAAAUAUUGACAUCCGAAAUAAUCACGCGAAAAAAAUGGUCCCAGUGUGAAAGGACCUUUAGGUCGAUAUACUGCCAUAUUAGUUUUUUUCAAGGACAGCCUUAGUAUAUAGCCAAGAGAGUAACACCAGAACUUUUUACAAGGGCUACAAGAACCUUUAAGCAGGGCCUCAGUCUACUGAAAGUUUAGGAACUCCUAUGAGAGUUUAAGAGUCCUUUUAAGAGCCUUGGGAACCUUAAAAAUACUUCCAAAAUUUUUUAGGAACUUUAAAUCUCUUGGCGGUAACUGAACCUUUUAGAAUUAAAUAAGCCUCAUUGGGAAACUACUGACACUGUAGCACCUUUAAACUUUUAGUUAUAGAAAAGGAACUUUUCAAGUGAAGGGACUUUUUAGGAUCUCAGAGAAACUUUUAGAGGUUCAGGAGCCUUUUAAGGGUAUCUUUAAAUAUUUAGGAAACUCAGGAAUCUAUUACCAGGCCAGGGGACUUUUGAAAGAUCUAAGGAGUAGCAGUGAUUUUUGGUGAUUAUGGAACUAUUGUGAAAUCAAGGAACACUGAGAAACUUUUAAGAUGAAGGGUCCUCUCUUGAGGCUUAGGGUCAUAAAUUAAGAGACAAAGGAACCUUUGAAGAGGCUGUGUAAUUUCUAAGAGAAGACUUAGUCUUCACUAACGUUUUGACAAUCCAAGGAGAAUAUUUGAAUCUUAAAACAUUUUAAGGAUCAAACUUUUUGCGAAGCAUUUGAAUUUUGGGGGAACAUUGUAAAGAACUUUUAAAGCAAAGGAGCCUGUCUGGAGGCUCAGAGUAACAUAUUAAGAGACCGUGGAACCAUUAAAGAGGCUUUUGAAUUUUUAAGAGAAGACUAAUGUUUAAUGAGUUGAAUAACUUUUUAAGGACCCCAGGAACUUUUUUUUUUGUGGAGCUGAAUAACCCUUUUCUUAAGGACCCUGGAAUGUUUAAGGAAUUAGGGAUCACUCUCAGGAACUUUUUUUUAAAGACCUGAGAACUUUUUGUAAAGCUCUCAAAGUUUACCAGAAACACAAUCUCACUGUUACAACUUAGUGAAAAACCAGAAAGAAAAAUUCUAAAGAAACUUUUUAGUCCCCUUUCACUAUUCCCUGGAUUUUAUUUCCAGGCUUAUGUGGAUGGGAAACAACCAUUCUUGUACCGUUGUAUGCCUACUUGUGUGUUUUUGCUGCAAAGUUACCUGUCCUUCUUUCCACCUUAAUAGCUUUUUAUUGCAGGAAACACCUGAUGGCCUUUAAGUCUAGUUUAUCAAGCACCGACUGCAUUGAUCACAUUGAUGAAUAACAUGCAGACAGACACUGAUGCAUUUCAAGCUCUGAAAAGUUCUAAGAGAGCACACAGCAAGUUUGAAAUCUUAUACUAUAUUUAUUUCCCCUGCUGCCUCUGAGCCGUCCAUAAAUCAAAUUCCUAUCUGCUGAUACUGAACCCUUAGAGCUUAAAUUUCUCCUAAAAGGCUUUUGAUUACAAAGAACCAAAUAAGAUCUGGCUCCUGCACACUGCAUCCCUCUCCUUGCACCUUCUGUACUGCAGUGGCGUCCUGAUGAAUGUGACGUGAGGCAUUAAGAGUUGGGCCAGAAGCCCAGCAGGAGAAUACUUAACCUUCAAUAAGUCUCCAGCUCUGACACAUGCCAUGAAAUCUUUGCAGAGUCUGUGAAGUCUUUGGGGUCUGCGUGUUUUUACACAGUGACAAAUUGUGAGCCAAAGUGCUUUCUGAUCUGUUGGGACUUCACAGUGUUUCUAGUUGAAACACAGCCAAGUGGAAUUCAUCAGAGAGGAGAACUCGUGUUAAAAAUGCUCCAGAGAGGGAGGUAUUUAGUCACUUUUUAACUAAAACCACACAUGCCAACUAUUUCUUCAUUAUGGGCUGAAAAAAACUGCAAGAUACACCUUUAGCUUGGCUGAUUUUGACACUCAUUUUCACAUGUUUCAGGUGGGGCUUACAGUUUUAAGCCUGAGCCUCUUUGUGGUCUCAUUUAGAGUUAACCCAUAUCUUUUUUUCAGCCGCUUAGACCGAGAGCAGGUCAACAGGUAGUCAACAAAUAAUGCCGGUAGCACAUUAUCAUUGAUGCUGUUGAUUUUUCUAAUGCAUAUUUCCUCAUAAAAGAUAAAUAUUAGCCCUGUAUUUGACAGAAUAAGCACCCUGAACCUGUCCCCUACCUUUGUGUAGUCUGAAGCCACGAAACAAAACUUCACAUUUUUCCAUCAGAGUCAUCUGAAUGCAACAGGUAUCACUCUGCUGAGGGUUCACUUACAUAUCUCAUCCGUAUUUGCCUUGUAUUAUUCAACCUCUGGACCUCAAAUUUUGAGUGUUUAACAGAAGUCAGGAAACUUUCAACCAAACCACGACUUGGCCAUCUCAUCUCGACUUUCGAGGAUUGCGAGGAUAGUUUCUGUAGACACAACAAAACAAGCAAAUUGUAGAGAGUCAGUGAGACCUUUCUUGACACAGCUUCAUAUCAACCUGCAUUCACAGGGGCAAUAUCUGAAGAGGGUCUGACCUUUUAUCUUUUUUACCCUUGCUGAUUUCUGGGAUGUAACUGCUGUGUUAGCAAAUGUUAAACAUCAUUUAGUAGCUCUACAAACUGGCAGCCUUAUUUUUGUUUCUGUCUCUUGUUCUUUGUUCGUGCACAGUUGUUUUUUUUUCAUCUCUGUAGUUUUUAUGUUGCAAAAACCAAAGUCCUGGAUAAAAGAUCUUUAAAAAGUUUGGUACAGUUUUUGGCCAAAGAACAAACUGUAAUGCCAACUCAAAGUACAAGUUUAAGGUUUCCUCACCAUAAAUCACUGUGGGACUUUGGUGUUUGAAAUAGUUAGGUCUUGCCUUGUCUGAUGGCCAUCAUUUAGCCCUAUUUCUCACUUUCACUUCACUAUCUGUGGUGUGGAACUCAAAAUGCUAAAGCUACCUGCUUUUCAGAUGUUUUUAACGUCCUCCAUUUUUGUAGAAAAUCCCCCUUUUUUUCAACCAAGGUUAUGAGUAUCAUUCAAUAGUCGGGUUACGCCAGACAUCCCUCUGUUGUAUCAUACAGAUAGUGUGAUUCGCUAAUAGACUGUUUAUUUCUGAUUCAAACAGCUCAUUGCAGCUUAAAUUUGAACUCUUUUGCCCCCAAGUUUGUACAAAGACUCAAACUUCUGAUAAAAAGUGACAGCCUUGAGAAGCAGCUCCUUUGUUUUGUUUGUUAAAAUUCUUGUUUUGUUCGUAGGGUUUGUCGUCUCAGUAAAGAGUGAUCUAACAUUUGUUUCUAGUUAAAAAAAGAAGCAUCUUUCUCUUCUAUGUGGACUCUUUGUGAUGUUGUCUGAGUCAAAUAUCAAUCUGAGCCUGUCAGAGAUGAAACAAGUUUUAGUGGACUUAGUGCACUUUGAUGAGGCAACUCGUCCCUAAGGAUUAUGUCUCAGUCAUUACAGCGUGUUUCACUUUCUGCGUCUGAAGCACUUCCAAAACUUUCAGUAUCUAUAAGUCAUUCUUACAGAACUCAGGCUCAGGAUACCUGGAUCCUCUUUUAAAACUGCAUUGACAUCCAUCACUGCCGCCCGGCUCACUUGCAGAUGAAAUUAAAGGGGCGUCUAUUGUUUGGGUUUUUGUCAGCCGUGUUUUAUUUCCUCCUAUAAAGAUGCUGACGACAGGUAGGAUCCUAUGGCACGCUGAUAAAGCUUCCCACAUCAGUUAUUUCUAUAUUGUACCAAACUCAACUCUUAAUAUCAAGGUGUCAUCAUUUAUAUAAAUUUUACAUGCACACACACACACACUCUCUCACACACACACACACACACACACACACACACACACACACACACAUACACACAAGGUGCAGCAGUCACAACACAGAGCCGUCCUCCCACACACUCAGUGAUUUGUGGAGCCGCUCAGAGAAGCUGCCAGACACACAUUUAGAUUAAUGACGAAUCAGUCAGUAAAGCUGCCACUGUGCUUCAUUAUUGCCAUGCGGUUAACGGGCCAGCGUUGAGGCGUCGCCAUGGAGACGGCCUAAUGGCAGCGCGUCUGAACAAACGGAGGUAAAAGAAGCUCUUUGGAACCAGUGAAGGGGGUGUUAUUUUGGCAAUAGGCGGCAGCGGCUCACGCUGCUUAAGCACCUCAUUUGGAGCCUCGGCUGCCAUUGAAUCGGCUCUGAAGAUGGCAUCUCUUCAGAGGUGUUUGUGAUAUUUCACAGGAUUGUCACUUUUAUGGAAAGAUGUAAGACGGUGUAAUGGGAAAGAAAUGAGCAGGCGAGGUGAAAAGAGUUAGGGAUUUGUGGGCUGUGCAGUGCAGAAAAAAAGAUACCCAGAAAGACAUGGAGGUUUUUUUCUUUUUUUUCUGAGGUUUGAACACCAAAGUGCUUUUUGUUAGGGCAGAAAAAAAACACGUCAAACCAAGAUUUGUCCUGGAAAAAAAACAUGCUGUGGUGGGGUUUCAGCUCGUUUGGCUCUCUGAUCGAGGACAGAUUCACAAAACCAAACCACAAUCAUUAAGAUUUAGUCCUCAUAAUAUCAAAGUCCAAGUCUCCAUCUAUAUUUGAUUCUUUUUUUCAACUUUAGCGGAUAACCGUUUUAUGUUGCAGUUAGAAAAAAGAAAAAAACCUGCAUCCGACAGUGUCAAAGCUGAAGCAGAAGGCUGUGGGUAGUUCCUGGACAGCAGUGAGGCUCCAUGAAUAUCAGGGUGCAAUUAAAAAUUAAUGUUGUUGAGAUGUUGACAAAAAUCGAUGACAAAAAUCAACUCUGGAUGAAUUUAUAGUCGAUUGUACGUCGUAAGAAAUCAAUGCUUUUCCUGUGAGUAAAUGUUCGAUCAUUUUCUACAGCUUGAGUUGCAGAGAGGUGAGCCGUCUUGCAUUCAUACUAUCUCUGUUCUACAUGCAAAAUAGCAACCAGGAAGCAACGGGUUAAACAAAACAUAGCACUUAGCCAUGUUAUUAUUCACAUUGAUUCUCAUUAAUGAUUAUUUAAAGAAAUCCAGACUAGUCAGUGCACAGAUUCGAUCACUGGGUAUGGAGGUAGUGGCCUUAAACAACAAGAUCCGAGUAGGUUUACAUAACUUAACCGUCAUAACAUUAAUUUACCUGAAAUAAAACAAAAACAGUAACCUAAGGGGUUAAAUUUCUAAAGUCACUGAUUAUUUGGACGAUCAUGUCAGUACCGACCUGCUGCACUGAGAUGGAGAGGGAAAAAGAGACUGUUGUUAAUAGAAUCAUUUAUCAGUGUUUCUAGACUUGCAGAGCUGUGAACUGUCUGAACAUCUCACUGUUUGUUUUAUUUGUUGUUGUGAUGUUCAUGCUACAACAUAAAAAUCCUACCAGUCAAAUAAAAAAUACAUUUUUUAUCAUUAUUUCCACGUUUAUUUUGAAUCUAUAAAGCAGCAGAGUCUCUCAGUGUGCUAAGAAUUUCCUUCAAACUUCAUCUAAUAGGAGCUGUGCGUGCAGAGUGUGGUUUCACUUGCACAUAUCACACACCUGCUGACCAUUAGCCCUCCUCCUGCCAGUACGGGAGUCACCUUUUGGGACAGAAGUUGGAGUUUUAAGAAAUCAAUAGAGAGAUGUUUUCCUGCAGCUUUUAUUGCACAAACAUGACAGCCUGACCAUACAUAGAUCCCACUUUUAACUCAGUGCUGCUCUGCAGGGGCGUGUCCAGGCUUUUGUACUGGACUGGCACAACUCCACAUCGUUAGGGGUUGCCAGGGUAUUAGUGCACACUGAUUAUUAGCACUUACCUGCCUUGUCAGAAUGAGUGAUAGAAAACUUAAUUGUGUAAGUUUGGAUCAUUUGUUGUCAUGUAGAAACUGACUGUGAAACGUAUUAAUGCAAGGGUCGUACUGUUUGAAGUUAAGUUGGGCUAGUUGUGCAGCUCUGGCUAGUACUAGAUUUAUAUGUAGAGAGUGUGCAGGAAACUCCCUCAAAACACCAACUUUGUCAGUUUAUAGUAGGGCCCGACCGAUAUGGAUAUUUUGGGGCCAAAACCGAUUAUUAGGAGGGAAAAAAAUCCGAUUACCAAUGAAUUGGCCGAUUUUUAAAAUAAUUAUUUUUUUAAGUUCUAAAAACUCUAUAUAUACUGUAGAUAUAUCUACAGUAUACUGUAGAUAGACUGUAGGCUCAAACUCUGACCAGAAAAGCGUUUUCAACUACUACUACCUGUAAAAUCGGCGAGUUUUGGCUGAUUACCGAUAAGUCACAAGCGGGCCCAACCGAUUUAAUUGGCUCGCCGAUAAAUUGGUUGGGCCCGCUUGCUAUAAGUUAUAGCAAAACAAGAAAUCCCUGUGAAGUUGUUUGCAUUCGUUCACACAAGCCUCUGAUGGUUAUAUAGUUUUUAUAUAGGACUGUUGCUUUAAAGUUUGAUGGUUGCAGUUGUUGUAAUGUUGUUUUUCACAUGAUAGUGGACACUUCCUGGCUGAAAUGAGUUUUUCCUAUCAUACAGUUCAGUUGCAGGGGUUGUGGACUGCUCCUGGAAAACUGCAGCUUGUAAUCAUUGAUUUGGGACAAUAGGUGACUGAUGCUUGUGCAAAAAUUACAAAAAUGAUCAUUUCUAUCCCCUGGUGAGCUUUACAUUUCUGAGGGGUGGUGGUUAAUUCCUGGACUCUACCUUGGCUUCAUCAGUGUUCCCUGUUUGAAUGCUACGUGUGUUUGCUUCUAUAAGUAGUGGAUUAUGUCUUGAUGGCUGCAUGUUCUGCACAUUCAUAUAGGAGAGCUGAUGAUUUCUCGACCACUAUAGCUUGUAUUGAUUGACACAGGGUGGUAAAUAAUUCCUGGACAGCUGCAGGGCCGAUGUUACUCACUGACUGACUGCACAUGUGAAACAACAUUCGCUGUUAGGGCUCAAGUGACACAACACACUGUUUCAAGUCAGCUGUUUCAAAUUGUCUGAAUGUUUAGAGAGAAAUACUCGUCAACAGAGCCCCGCCUCCGCCAGUAUGUUAAUAUCUAACUUCACCUGUCUGCAGAAACAGUAUGAGAGACAUUAAACGAAACCAGUGGAUAUAAUUAGACUGAAUGAGGUUAAUUCUACUGUACAUAUUUGUUCAAAGGCUGAAACACCGAACGGCUAAGGACAAACGCAUACGAUGAUACACCCUGAUUAUAAAUUUAGCCUCACCUACUGUCUAUCUUCUACCUGUUGUUUAAAGGUGUAAGAGCAAAGUUAACACCUUGAUCUGGUUGUUUCUCUCGACCACCUUCAUUUGCUGCUUUGUGGUUAAGCUCUGAUACUCUGGUGUCUAUAGGAGGAGCUUUCAGUGGUAAAUGGAGGUUAGCAUGGACUGGACACUCUGACCGGUGAGAACAAGCUUCACCAGGUGGAGAAAGAAGAAGAGGAGGAGGAGGAGAAGCAGGAGGCAGAUAUAUGUCUCUAUGUGUGUAUGAAAAGCAAAGGGACAGAAAAAAGUGAGAUAAUUGGAAUAUUAUCAAUAACAUACAAGCUAGGGCUGGGCGAUAUGGCCACGAUCUAUUAAGCAGUUCACUUCAAUAACGAUAAAUGGACAAUAUCUACUCCGCAAGCUGCUCACCUCCUCCCACAUUAACUUUGUCUACUUCAGCUGCCGCUACAACUUUUGAACCUUCCUCCAUCUCCUCACCUGUCUUUCCUUCUUUCUUUCGGACUGGAUGGGGUGGAGUCAUGUCUCUGAGGUAGGACAGUGUCUCAAAGGGACAUGAGACCAUAUACUACCAACACACAUCCAAAACCAACUUUUAUUUAUCAAUUUUUUUGACACCAAAUCUACAGAUAUGGGCAAAAUGACGUUGGUUAUUGUCGUAAAUUUCGGUAUCCGUUAAUUUUCAGUUUAUCAUCCAGCCCUCAUACAAGCUUAUUCUGUAAUACAAAAUCCUGAAUGAUUAGUUUGAUCUGCAGCUUGUGAUAAAAUGUAAGAGCUCAAAUCCCUCAAUUUUUGUGACUCAGUGUACAAAUACUUGAAUACAGUGAAUUUUGAGAUUUAAUUCAGUAUAAAUCAGUAUCAUCACCAAAAUUAAGCCAAAGCUCUUAAAGUGAAUUAACUCAACCGAGGGCAUUAAUGAGGAAAUAGUGAAGCCGAAAUGAUGAUUUAGAUCUAUUCAUUAAGAAAGUUUUCUAGUUCUGCUCUUUGAAAGCUACAGAGGUCUUUGCUUUUUCCUCCAGUUCCAUAGUUACAUCCACAUAUAUACAGUUAUUUUUGAAGAAGGACUUUUACCUUUAAUAAAAUUCUGUCUGUGCCAGGUUGGUUCAGUUUACCAAACAUGUAUUAAAGGAGUCUGACUGCUGCCUCCUCUGCAGGAUAUUUAUUAGUUCAGUCUUGGAGAAAAAUGAAACUGGUGCUCCUCUAUUUAAAACAUCAUUCAUCCAAGCAUGCAGCUAACCAUGCACUGUCAAGCAACUGCAGUCUGCAUGCAGCUUAUCCGUCCCUCUGACAGCUGUGUGUGUGUUUUUUUUCCUAUUUUGAUUAGGCUAGUUGUGAUUGAAAACUUCUGCAGCUAUUUAUAUCAGCCACAUUUCCACUUUAGGAACAGUUUAAAGUUAACUCCUCUUGUGGAGUCUGGACAGAAAAUCUGACUGAAGCCAAACUGUGGAACAAUAGCUGAGGGUGGAGAGUAUCUUCUUUCCUUAAAGAAAGAGCGUUCUGUUCUGUUAGCCAGAUUGGCGACAGUAUAAGCCCCUUACAGUGCGCACACACACACACACACACGAAUACACACACACGCUAGUAGAUUGAUGCUUUAAUGAUUGGGCCAACAUGUUAGCCUCUGGCCAUCUCCUGCGCUCAGAGGAACACUCACAUGAAACCUUUUAACUCCCCUCGUCCUCCGCUCAGGCUUAAUUUGCGGCUUGUGUGCACAUACCACAUAAGUCAAGUCAGCGCAGUGACCUACACAUCAGAUCCAGAUCCCGGGGCUGAAAUCUGUGCUGCAUUCCUCCUCUCUUUGCUGUGGCUUUGCUAAGUGAGCUCUGAUGAUACAUGAAUUGAUAUUCUGCAGGGGAUGAAGGAGGCAUCCCCUGCGUGUGAGGCUUCUUUUGUCUCGUGAAUAACUGACGUUGGCUUUUCUUCAUUUAGGGAAAUAUUAUUGAAUCCUUCCCCAGGUUUCUGCCUGUGAAAACAAUCCUGGAAUACUUUUCAAUUUUAUUAAUUUGCCUCCCAAGAGAUAGAAGUCACCUAGAAGCAUAUGUGCACAGGAGAAAAAACUCUAGCUAUAACUUUUUUUUGCAGCUGCCUGAUACUUCAUAAAACUGUAAACUUUUUUGGGUUCAUGCGAGGCCGUUUUAAGUUUUGACUCUUGCAGGCAUCAAACCUGUGUUGGCAUUCUUGUGAUUUUAUAUUUGCAUCAAUUUAAUCUGCUGUGACAAGUUUGCAGACAGUGGUUACCCAACUAAACACCAUUAAAAUCAGACAAGAGAUAUACAUCCUGAAGAAUCUGAUAAUAUGCACGAUUGAAUGGAUGUUAAAAGUUCAGGACAGCAUAUCUACACUGGGAUUUUCAUGCAUUACAUAGGGUGACCAUACGUCCUCUUUUACCCGGACAUGUUGUCUCUUUUGGGGGCUGUUUGGCGUUGUCCAGCCUUGUCCGAGAGAGUUUAUAAAAUCCUUCAAAUGUCUUUGGUUUUGAGCCGAAGUUUCGAGUUUGUGUCAUGUGAACUUACUGAGUUAGAGGCACGUAAAAGACACUCGAUCCGACCUUAAAAACUCUCAAAAUGAACUUUGUGCGACUCCGUGACUCCACCCCUGCGUAGUCGUGUCCUCUACUUGGGGAUUCAGAAUAUGGUCACUCUAUAUUACACCUACUUUUAACUUAUAAAACAACACUAAGUGUAAGUGUGUCUGUUCAUAGCAUUGGCUGUAGGGAUGUCCCGAUACGAUAUUGAUAUUGGAUAUCGGUCCAAUAGCAGCAAAAAAACAAAUAUCGGAUUAUAUCGACCUGCAUCUAAAAUCUCUGAUAUCAGCACUCCGAUACAAGCAGUCCAUUCCACACUCCGCUCCAGCACCUCUAUCUAGCAGCUCCCAGAUCCAGCAAGCAGAGCCCACAAAAUCACAACAACAGUGUGUACUAAGGUACGAACAAAGUAGCAAGGAGUAGGAGUGAUUUUGGCCUUGUGGCAGUAUUUUUUGUUUAAGUUCGAAAAAGACGUUGCAGCUGAGUGAAAAACUUGUCAUGCACAAUUUUUUGCCAAUAUCGGAUCAAUAUUGUUAUCUGUCAGUAUUGAAGGCUACAUUAUCGGUAUCGUAUCGGAAGUCAAAAAGUUGUAUCGGAACACGUCUAAUUGGCUGCGCAUACCCUCAACAAUUAAUCCUGCGUAGCUGCAUAAUGCAACAUACAAAUGAACAGAGGGGGCAGCGUAGGGUAAUGCUGCUGCCGAUUAUUAGAUGAACCAAGUCACCAAUUAUCCCCGGCUUCUGUGUCACUGCAUAGAAACAAACAUGCUGGUCAACAUACCAAGCCACAGAUGAGCUCUCUUAGUAUUUUACAAGUUGACAAAAACAAGUCCAGGACAGUGAUGUCUGUGCACACAGGAAGAUGUUGGGUGAUCAUUAGCUGUCAUGUUGCUGCUGUCGUUUUCUCCACCAGAAUUUUCAGUUUAGUAACAUUGAUGCCGACUCCAACUGUGGCCUCCUGAGCUUUUCCACAGUAACACCCAUGGUGCACCGUCAAGUAUGAGAAUAACAUUCAUCAUGCAGCCAACUCGGGAUUAAAAAGUAUUUUUAUUUCCAAUCUAAGCCCCACUUUAAUAAAAGACUCAUAAUGCUAAAUAAUAUGUGGUAUUGUAAGCCAUGAAAUGUUUUUUAUAAUAGAAUGUAUUAUGUAGUCUAAUAAUGGAGGGAUGAGUUGAAAGACAAAAUUCUCAUCCAAGUGCUGCAGCCAUUAUGCAAAUUUGCCAUUUUAUUUAUUCUCUUCUGUGCAAAUAUGUGCAAUAAUGUCCUCCUUUUGUUGUACCCGUGCAGUGCUCAGACAGCAUUAUUUGCUCUUUUUUUUAUAUAUAUAUAUUGUUUUUUAUAUGUUAUGCUCUGCCUCGCUGAUGUUUUUUUGUUGAAGGACAGUAAAAGGAGUUCAAAACAGAAAAUGUAGAAAGUUUUUAGCUGAGGAUCUUUUGUUGUCGUUAAAAAGAUUUAUUUUCAACUGUUUAGCAGGAAUCCACCAAUCACUGAGUCUAUGAGCAUUUGCAUUACAUUCAUGAGUUUAAACUAACUGAUGCACAAAAAAAUCAAGCUGCUCUUUGUGUCAAAAUCAUCUGAUUUAAGGAAGGGGUUUUAUACUAGUGGCGCUUGAGCUUACGGGCAACUUUGCAGCAUGUAGCAGGUCUGUUCUUGAAGAAGUUCUUUACUCUGCUGCUGCUCCAGAGCAGAGCACUUGGAAGUAUUGAUUACAGUCUUGGUGCUCCACAAAUUAGGGUUUCUUUUGGAGUAUUUUAUCAAUAUGCGGGGGCUGGUGAUGCAAAGAUGGUGAAGGUAGCAGGGAGGUAAUGAAAUACACUUCAGGUCCUUCUUAGCCCUGGAAAACGUCUGAUGUCUUUUAAGAGAAAAUGUGACCGAUGUAAGAUUGAAAAAAUCUGCCACUCCUGAGUGGAUGAUUGUCCCAUUUCUUGGCGGGGGACUAGUUCAGUCCAUCGGGAACAUGCUGAGUCAGAAUCUGCAGAAAUGCUGCAAGAACUUGACAGAUAGGGAUGGAAAUGGAUAAGAUUUAAUGAAUACUUACGUCAUUAUAGAUUCUGCCUAUCAGUCCAAGUCUUGAUUGAUUUCCUCAUCAGUUCCUGGAUUUUCUAUCUGGAAAAUAAUCAACCUGAACAGGUUUUCUGUUGCAUUCUAUUAAAUUACAAGUUUCAUUAACUUCAUGGCUCUCUUAAAAGAAAGUCUCGUUUCUACAUGGACCUUUAAAAGUUUGCCGGUUGUAGAUACAGCCUCUGACUGGUCCACAGACCAUAACGAAGAUGACACACUGACUACAUCACUAAAGUUGAAGCAUAGAUCAUCACACAUGACCUGUAUUUUUUAGAGAUUAGAUCCAGACACUCCCUGAAAACUCGGUGAUCUUCCAUGUGAGAUGGAAAGGCUCCUGGAUGGUGCAGAAACACACAGAGUUUAUCACCUGAAACUUGCCGGUCUCACAAAGUGAGUGGGUUUUACAGCAUGCCAGCACUUUGGAGAGUUCUACUUUUGGAGCUGAUUUUGUAAAUACAACAAUAUUUAGUUGUUUACCACCUCUCUUAUAUGCUUACAGCCUCUUGCAAUGCUUCACAGCAUUUUGCAAGGCAUGCAGAUCCUGGUGAAGGGCACUGAUCAGGGAACUGUGAAGCAUAACGGCAAAUGACGCUGAAGGCUCAGACCUGGUUUUGAAGUCUAGAUUAACCCUCAAAACAAACCGUAUGAAUUUGGUCAAAAACUGAACCAUGCAUUUGCACAUUGCGUGUUUUUCUUACAUGGUGCAGUCCCACUUUAAAGUCUUAAUAACAGGUUUAGCAUUUUACGAUUUAAAGUGAGAUUCAGAGAUGGGAGUGUGGGGUGGACUUAAGCGUAACUGAGGUUAUAUCCACGACUACAGCAAACACUGAGAAUGCACAACAGAGUCAGAAUAGAGAAGUAUUGUUUUUUAAUGCUCAUCAAAAUUGAAAUGCAUAAAUCAAAAUGAAUCCACCUGAGCAGAGAUGUUUGUUCCAUGUCUGAGCUGGAAGGACUGGUGAGCAGCAUACUGAUUCAGGAUCAGCAGAGAUGCUGUAAGAUCUCCUCUAAGAAUCCAGUUUUGCACAAAUAGGUGAGAAGAUUUGACUCGUCUAAAAUCUGUGAUCAAGUUCAAGAUAGUUUUGGAGUCAGUGCAGAUGAAAUGGGACUUGGAAAAGGGAAAUGUGUGCAGCAGCAUUUUUUUGGGAAAAAUCCUCGCUCUGAGUGUGAAGACCCCCUUCCCCUCCUUCUCCUCCUUACCCUCCUCUUUCGGUGUCUGGCAGGAAUCAAAGAGCUGCAGGAAAUUCACCAGUAAUUGUUUUACGAUCCUCAGAAAUCAUACCUACUUGUAUCGCUGCACACAAAGAGAGCAAGAGCCAUGAAAGCUGCAGACUGCCGCUGCUGCUGCUGCAUGAAAAGAGGAGGAGGAGGAGGAGGAGGUGCAGAUAGACGGGGCAGCCGCCACCAAAUAACAGGAACUGAGCUGUAAAUGCUGGCUCUCCCUGGCUUCAGUCAAUGAAAGGAGGUAGCAGGAAGUGGUUUAUUGAAGCAUGGUUUAUACAGGCUGUCUGUUGGCAGCUCUUUCACUCCUUUCUCACUCAGCCCGGCUGUAAAACAUUUGUCUUUUAUUUACAGCACCUCCACACACCAGAGCUGCAACAUUUCCCCCGCUGAAGCAGCCAAAGUCUCGCUUUCUAUUAAUGAAAUUAUUCGCCAACGCUUAUAUCGGCUGUUGCUGCAGCAUGCAGAAACAGCGGCUGGAUUUAUUCUUAAAACGCGCCAGAAGCAAGUAAAUCAAAUUGAGGUGUUACUGAAGGGAUUAAUCUGCAAAAACCAUCAAAAAUUCUUCAUCGUUGGCAGCUCACUGCAGUGAUUCUUCUGCUCCUCUUCUUUUUCAAAUCAUCAGGAAUUAUUAGCAGUGUCAUCUUUGUCUUUGUGAAAAUGUGUCUGGUAUCAUUCAGCAUUUUAUUGACAAAGGUUCGUAGUUAAUAAUCACAGAUAAGUUGGUAGUAGCUGUUAUCAAUCAAAAUUUGCAUACCUUUUCCAGGUUUAUAUGACAGCUAGGGACUACCUGCACAGGCACGGGUCAGAUAAGUCAGGGAUCGCUGUAGGGCUGGGCGAUAUGACAUCAAAUCAGUAUCACCAUAUAUUGAGCAGUUCACCUUGAUAACGAUAAAGGGACGAUAACUACUCCACAAGCUGCUCACCCCCUCCCACAUUAACUUUGUCUACUUAAGCCACCGCUCCAGCUGAUACAACUUUUGAACUGUCCAUCAUCUCUUCACCUGUUUUUCUCUCUUUGUUACAGACUGGAUGGGGUUGAGUCACGUCUCUGUCAUAGAACAGCAUCUUAAAAGGGACAUGAGACCAUAGCCUACCUACACACAUCCAAAACCAACUUUUAUUUAUUCAUUUUUUUGACACCGAAUAUACCGAUAUGGGCAAAAUGACAUUGGUUAUUGUUGUAAAUUUCGGUAUCAGUAAAUUUUCGGUUUAUCGCCCAGCCCUACUUCCCAGUAUUUUUUUGGCAACAGCCAACAGAAUUUCUGCAAAGAGCGCGCUUAAAUACACAAAUAAUAACAAAAUUGGAGCAGUGCUUCUCUCUCCCUCCUACAUGGCUGAUUAAACGUAGGCUGUUUCUCCCCUAAAAUCAAUAAUAAUAGAUGGUUAGAUCUGAUAUCCAUUUUAAAUCAACAAGGGUGACUGCAUCUUAUGUUUCCAUACAGAAAGAUCUGGCGCUGCAGAGGAACGCUGUAGCAGUUUUAGUGGGUAUCGAUCACAUGUACAGGAGUAUGAAUAAACAGGAUUCUCUGUGUGCAUGUAAACGUCCUAAUUAGAAUGUGAUCAAAACCAGGAUAAGCUCAUAACUGGGAUGGACUCAAGUCCAUCUCUGGAUUUCUCCUGCACAGAUCAAAAAAGAUGUGCUUGGAUAUUUAGAGGGUGACUGGAUGUUGGAGGUAGAUCAGUGUUGGUUAGUCACCAGUCGGAACCUUCUUUUGCCUAGAUGGUGAAUUUGUAACUACUAAAGCGGUUUAAUGAGAUGACUGCUCUGUGCACAUUACAGAUGAUUUUCUGAAACACCGCUAAAGUCCUCAGGGAGGUUUGAGCAUCUGCAUAGUGUUUGUUUGGAGAUUUACAAUCAGGAGUAUCCUCAUCCCUCACCCUCAUCUGGUGCACCUUCCCACCUGUGUUCAGUCCCCUGAGGUGGGCGUGGCCUCACACCUGUGUGGUUUCUGUCAAGGAUGUGUAGACAACGUUCAUGCGUAGUCUUUGUUUUCAUGCCUGUCUUUUUUAUUUUCUGCAGGUGUGUUAUAAAGAUGAAUAAGAAUAAAGACCCUAAACAUGAGCAGAGAUGAGGAACAGUUUCCAAAACUUAAACUACACCAGACUAACCACUUGUUAGAUCUUUGGUCUACUGAGUCGUCUUGCAGCUUAAACUUUUCUCAGGUUCUUGUCUUUAAUCUCGUUGGUCCAGUCUUGACCCCGUUUGCGUUCUGGGGUCUUGUUGUCAGCUGAUUAGUGUGAGGCCGUUUGGGUCAGCAGAGUUCCUGCUGGACUGGGGAGAAAACUGUAGUGUGAGGUUGUUUUUAAGGGACUGUGCUCAGUCAUCCAGAGACGCCAUCCCUACUGAGCUGCUAAUCACCACCCACCAUUGUUAGAGAAGCUCAGAUCAGGAACGCUCAGUGUUUUUAAGAGCGCCACACCGUCAUAUGAUCGUGGGUUUCUCCAGGACUACGAGUAGCACCCUACGACUGGUGUUAGAUUUUCUCUGAUUGGCUGUUUCAGAGAUUUGUGUCUACAAUAAAAAGGUCGUUGCUGUUGCUUAUAUGAGUGCAAUUGUUUUUUGGAGGGAUUACUGACAUUGUCUAUCAAAUUUUAAAAGGCUAUGUCCUUUUUCCUGAUUUAAAAAAAACAACUCCUCCAACUCCAAAUAAAGUUAAGACCUGAAAUGUGUAACUCAUUUAAACCCUACAUUUAAUUGAAUAAAGCGCAAAGACAACAUAUCCAACACUGAAACUAAGGCUACGUUCAUACUGCAGGUUAUGACGCACAAUUCGUGUAGGUUGGAUGAACAUGACCUGAGCGUCCACACUGCAGUCACAUCGGAUACAUAUCCUAUUUAUAUCCACAUACAAAAGAGGCCUGGGUCGGAUUUGAAAAAAUCUGAAUUGCACUGUUCACACUUACAUGAAAAAAGUAGAUAUGUGUCACAUGUGGUUAAAAAAAUCGGAAUUGACCUGCAGUGUGAAAAUAGCCUAAACUUUUUUUUUGAUGAAAAGUUUAUGCAGCCCUGCAUUAGAAAUAGGCAGCACUAUGGAGGGGGUCAGUAGGGCUGGGAAAUGAACCGAAAUUUUACCAAUACCGAAAUUUAUGACAAUAACCAACAUCAUUUUGCCCGUCAGUUCAAUGUAAAAAAAAUCAAUAAAUAAGAGUUGGUUUUGGAUGUGUGUGGGUAGGCUAUGGUCUCAUGUCCUACAACAGAGACGUAAAUCUACCCCAUCCAGUCCAUAACAAAGAGGGAGAGACAGGUGAGAAGAUGGAGGACGGUUCAAAGGUUGUAGCGGCUGGAGCGGCAGCUGAAGUAGACAAAGUUAAUGUGGGAGGGGGUGAGCAGCUUGUGGAGUAGUUAUCGUCCAUUUAUUGUUAUCAAGGUGAACUGCUCAAUAUAUUGUGAUAUUGAUUUGAUGCCAUAUCACCCGGCCCUAGAAGGGAUCACAUCAGGAUGGCUCUGUAGUAGAAGAGUCCUGCUGAUCAACUGGUCUGCCUGCAGUCCUGACUUGCCAUUUAAUGUCUCAACUUUUUAACAUGUUUUGUCUGCAAAUACAGAAUAAGCAUACAUUUCUUUCAUCAAGAAAUCCAGGGUUUUAUUUCUGUGAUAUAGUGUGUUGUAUUUUUACUGGUUUUAGUUGUUUUUAAAUGUUGAAUUUUGUUCGACAAUGUACACAGCUUUUUGAUUGGGGUUGUAAAAUGCUGACAGUACUCCUUUUGUUGCAGGUGAUUAAAUGAGACUGUGUGAGUUAGCGCUAACAAGAAAACAUGAUAUGCACUUAUAAACUGUCCAUGUUCAAGAAAAGUGUGUUUUUAGGAUCUUGUCUAAAAACCAGCUGAAACAUGAGCUCGCCUUUGUUUCUUGCGAACACUCCCACGCUUUUUUCCUCCUCUCGCCUUGCACAUGUGCUCAGCUGCCGCCUAAACGGCUGGCAUUUACCGACGAACUGAUGCUGAGCUGAAUGGCUCCAUUAGGAAGACGACGGACUAACAGUAAAACAGUGGAAGCAUAACUACAAGCCUGACUGAAGAAUUUCUUAUUUCCAGUCUUGUCUUUUGUUUUACGCCCAGGUCUGUGGCCGGGCCGGCCUCAUUACAAACCAGUCUGUGUAGAAAAGGCAAAUACAGAGUGACUGGCAUUGUUCUGUGAUUGGCAUGAGGGUUUGAACCGCGGCCGUGUUAAUAAACCACGCAGCUCUGUCCCUCUUUGAACGCCUCACAGACCACUGGCAAGUUUUCCGUCACAGGUCAGUGCUCGCUUUGUGCGUCUGUGGCUCGCAGACGCUCCUUCAGAUAAUAUUAACCUUUUCAACCUGAACUGGUGAACCCUGGCCCAGAUGCUGCUCAGACUUAACCUUCAUGCUCGCUGGGUUCGUCUCGUGUCUUUAUACAGCAUUUAAACCACAACCACAGCUGUUAUUUUAGAGCUGUGGAGAGGGAAAGAUCACAUUUGUUGUACUUAUCAUGAAAAAAAAGCUGGGACAAUGUCAAGGCAGUUCAAGUGUUAUUGCUGAAAUGAAAACAACCACUGUAACUAUGUUGUAAAAAGUCGUGUAAAACUGUAAUGUUGAAGUUGAACAAGACAUAAGAGUUGGGAUAAAGUGGAAACAGGUUCAUGUUUUCCAUCCUGUGUCCUCAGCUCCUUUUCCCAACACUCUGUUAACCUUAGUGAACCCAGCAGACCAGGUUCUGGAGUCUGAAAGUGUUGUCCAAUUCUUCCCUGAUAGAGGAUUUCAGCUCCUCAACAGUUCAGGGUCUCCUUUGUCUUGUUUUUGGUCUGCAGGACAACAGACAGACCAGUUUCUCAGCAGGACUCUUCUACUACAGAGCCAUGCUGUUGUAAUCCCUGAUGACAGAAUGUGGUUUGUCAUUGUUCAGUUCUUCCCUGAAAAGUCUUUGUCUGGAUGGAAGCGGAUGUUGCUCCUAAACCUGUACUUUGGGUUUGGACUGUAUUUGUGUCUGCAUUGAAAUAUUUCAUCCUGACGUCCCAUCAAACAUGAAAAAUACUCCAACACAUGUUGGAAGUGUGAAUUUAUCUUUCCAUGGCAGGAGGUUCAGCUCAUCUUGCUCUCCUCCUCGGUUUAUUUAAAGGUUUAUUUAAAGGUGAGCUGCUGAAUGGGCUCUUUUAGCCCGCUGUAAUUGAACCUGACCCUGCUGCACAAUUAACUCUAACCCACAAUAUUUGCUCAGUGGUCUUGGGUUUUCGAUGGCUCGGCCCCAGCGGUGAGGUUGACCUCAGCGUCGUCAGCCCAGCCAUCAAUCACGGCUGCUCCCUGAAGGGGGCGGGGCCCCAACAGGAAAUAAGAGAGUGCAGAGAUGGUUCAGUUUGUGCCAAAGGCCGGUCAGAGCAGCAGAGACUCGGGGGAUUUCAAAGAGCUCACUGGAGGUCAGGUUGUCAGGUUUGCAGUUAGAAAGCCAGAACGCUUUUCUUUCCUCUGAGGUUUCCUUUCUGCUCCCAGUUUGAUUCUGCAGCAGUCUACUGGGUCCACUUCCACCAUCAAAAAUACCCCCCAAAACCUGCCAAGACUGAGGGGCUCACUCAUAAUGUUUGUCCAGCUUUUUACUCUCAUUCACAUUAUUUUAUAACCAGCUAUAGCUGAGUUUCUAGAAACUCCUUUUUGUUUAAUUUCAGAUUGUUCAGUUCUACUUUUUCUGCAACUUUUUAAUUAACACACUGAUACAGUCAAGAGUUUAACCCAUUUACUGUCAUACAAAUGAUCCAAUUUAGCAAAUAAGGAUGCAGUAAAAACUCUUUUACAUGGAGCAGUUUUUCAAAUCAAAGUUACAAAGUGUUUUAUAAAGAUGGAUGAUAAAGAGAAAGAUUAAGAGUUUAGAAAUUACUUACGGGACACUAAAUUCAUCAAACAAGGUGUUAAAGUUUUAAAGAACAAAAUGAACUAAUAAGAACUUAAAAUUAAAAAAAUAUGGAGCCUUGCAGAUAAAAAUGUCCUAGCGUGGUUAGCAUGUCAUGAAAAGUCCAGAUAAGUUUUAGGAGUUAUUCUAAUAUAUUUACUGUCAUACAGGAUGUAGUCAUUUUUUUACCUCUAUAUUAGCUGCUAUUUAGAUUAAACACAAACAGGAAAAUGAAGUUACAUUGAAGCUUUAAUUUAAGAGGUAAAAUUUGUGGUUAUAUAAGACAUAAAGACAGGAAUAGGGGGUGCAAUUACCUGUAAAUUACAUUAUUUAUUACACCAGAAGGGACAGAGCUAGAGGGUGGCCGUGGCUCUCCUUCAGAGAAACUCUGAAUGUCCAAAACUUACAAAUCCUAAACCAUGAUGGUUUAUUUGGCCUUAAUUUAAAGCUCUAGGGUGCAGAAAUACAUUUAUUUACCAGUAUAAAGCAGUCAGAUUGUAGUUUGAAACGCUCCCUUGCUCACCCUCAUAGGUGAAGCUACAGUGGCCUUUAGGGACAAAAAGCUCCUGUGAUGCGUGAUAAAUAUGAUCUGUCCUUGAACAAGUUUUGACCCACAAAAACAUCUAAAAAAAGAAAUUCUUUUGCAACUUCUCCGUCUUCUAACCUGUGCAUUUUCUUGCAGGCACUUAUUCAUAUAAAACCACGUUAGUCACUAAUUUGUCCACUCUAUGCUUCCGUAGAAAAUUGUCAGUGCAGGACAGUGGCCUUGGUGGAAGGGAGCCCACUCAUGUGUAGAUGUAGGGGCUUAUUUAAAGUAGAGCAUGACACGGGAGCGGAUUUUCACUCCUGUCCCGUCCCAAUCCCAGAGAAAAAAUCCCGUCCCGUCCCAAUCCCAGACGAGUUUCUUAUGAUAUGGUUUCAGUUUAUAAAAGCCCUGAUUUGAUUUCAUUUGUUUUUUACGAUUCUCUUGUUGAAACAUAAGGUGCUUAUUUCAGGAUUUAUUUUUGCCUGAUUUGAAUAGGUAUUAUCAGACAUGAAUAGAAAAUGAGUUUUUGCAGCUUUUAUAUGUUUGAAAACAUUUUCACAUAAUUGUAGUGAGUAAUAUACACAGAGGCAAAACCUAAACUAAAAGUGACGAUUGUUUUAUGCCAAAGUUGCAGGAAUGAAGCUUUUAGAGAACCUCAGUUUUCACUGAUGUGUAAAGUACAAAAAGUUUUGGUUAUUGAACAUAAGAAAUAUACUUUAACAUACUUUAACAACUUAAGGCCUACACCAGCACCAUCUGUAUUUAUUAGAGUUUUAAGAUCUUUGUGCACUGAGUUUGUCUAAAAUUGUGUCAGUCCUAUUCGCACACUGACCCUGAUACUUGGCUUUGUCAUUAUUAUAUCAGAGCAGGUGUUAUUUUCACCGGUUUUUGCAUCCGUCCAUUGUGCUGUAAGUGGUUUCUGAGUGAAAAAAGUAGACAAUAAUUAACUAAACAUUUUCCUGAUGGCUCAUUCCGGUUAAAUUAUGCAAGUGUGUGUCUCCCUACCUCAAAUAUACUGCUGGACUAUGUACAGAAUCAGCAGAAAGAAGUUGUCUGAUUUCAGUUUCAUUUUAACUCCUGUUCCUUUCAGUCUUGUUGUUCAACAUCAGAUGAAAUUGUGCGGAAUGAAGGCCAGCUUUCCGCUCCAAUCCUUACAUUCAGUCCUUUGACUUAAUUGGUGCUUUUUCUGCAGCCUCCACUGGGAGAGAGUCUGACAAACACACACCUUUGGGGAGGAACACCUGAGCUCGAGUCGAGAUUGUUUGUCUUUCAAGGCCCAUGAGAAUGAUAGAGCGGAGGAGUCAUCACCUUGGCCUUUUUUGUUGGAGAGAAAGAUGGGUUUUUUUUUUAAGCAUAAACAGACUGUAAAACAUUUUUUACAAAGCCACCAAGCUCCACUGAGGAAAAAAUGUUUUUUUUCCCUCCAGUAUGCACCAGGUUUCUUCCUACCCAAGCAAAUAAUGAAUAAAGCUUUUCUUCCCUGUUAGAGUAACCUAUGAGAUUUUGGUUGGAUGAGAGCUAAUUGACCGACUAAAGGACUAACUGUCUGGAGGGUGUCAGCUCUGAGGGAUCACCUAUGAGGAGUUGCAUCUACACAGUCUCUGCAAACAUGCUGAUCUUCUUUAUGGGAUAAAAAAGCUUUUUAGAUGUUGCAGUAGGGCUGGGGGAUGAACCGAAAACUUACCGAUACCAAAAUGUACGAUAAUACCUGAUGUCAUUUUGCCGAUUUCGGUGUAUUAGGUGUCAAAUAAAUAAAAGUUGGUUUUAGAUGUGUGUAGGUAGGCUAUGGUCUCAUAGCCGUCCUACGUUGGAGACUUGACUCCACCCCAUCCAGUCUGUAACAAAGAGGGAAAGACAGGUGGGGAAAAAAAAAAGGUGUAGCGGCUGGAGAGGAGCUGAAGUAGACCAAGUUAAUGUGCUUGUGCAGUAGUUUUCUAUUGUUAUCGAGGUGAACUGCUCAAUAUAUUGUAAUAUUGAUUUGAGGCCAUAUCGCCCAGCACUAUGUUGCAGAAGCACGCAGAGUUAAUUGCAGGAAAUCUGUCGGUCUCACAAAACUAGUGGAUUAAACUGUUACGUUUGCUUAAAUGUCAUGAGUUACGACAUUGUUUUGCUCUGUAUGUAAAACUAAACGGAAGGCAUGAAGAAGGGAACCUCUCAGCACAAAGAAAAAUGAUGUUUUCGCUCAAACCAAUAGGAGCUGGUAUGCAGAAUCUCAAAGAUGGGCUUAGUGUGUUAAUGGUUUGAAGAAAUGUCCCUGCAUUUAUCAACACAAAAACAUCCGAUGCCUGCUCUGCUGUGAUUGGAUGAGAGGAGCUGCUUCUAUUAAAGUGAAUGAAUUUAAACUCUUUAUUCUCUGUUAGUCACCUUGUGCUGAAGGUUGACCGCCUCUCUUUAAUCGCUCUCGUCUCUUUCAUUGCAGUGUGCAAGGACCCCCCGUACAAAGUGGAGGAGUCUGGAUACGCAGGCUUCAUCCUGCCUAUUGAAGUUUACUUCAAAAACAAGGUACUACAUUAAACAGUUUUACUCCACAGCGAACCCAACACCACGCUGUCACAAUACACUGACUGUUCUCCCCCUCUCCCCUCUGGGUGCAUCUUCACCUCUUCAUCAGGAAGAACCGAAGAAAGUUCGCUUUGAUUACGACCUGUUCCUCCACCUGGAGGGCCACCCACCUGUCAAUCACCUGCGCUGUGAGAAGCUCACCUUCAACAACCCCACAGAGGAGUUUCGUAGGAAGCUGCUGAAAGCCGGAGGGGUGAGAGUUAGAGGGAGGGGCUGUACGAAGGGAAUGAGUGACACUUUUGAAUGUGACGCUGCAACUUUUAAAGAUAUGUGAACUUUUGUAGCCUGACAGAUUAUUUGUGUAAACCUGUUUUUGCAAGCCUACACCACACUUAAACUGACCCUAAAUUUGACGGAAAUGUAUCAGUGCAUAUUCUCUCUCCUUUGUGGACAGAUGCACAGCAACACCUGCAAACUAAUAGGUCACUUAUUUUGAUCCAAAAGUGAUUCAACUGAACAGUUACUCUCGUAUCUGCAGAGAAUUUCCCUGAUUGGUAGUUUGAGCAUAAUUGUUAAAUGAUCCUUGCUGAUUAGCACAACUUGUGCAAAACCCAAAUGCACAAGUUAAUUUGUGUAAUCAAGUGUUUAAAGUUUACCUAUCUGCUAUCAAUGAUAGCAAAAUUCUCUAGACAUGGAUGUGGAGCUCCAGCCACAGGUCAAACUGUAGUGCAAUAACACCCACGUGCACAUCCAGUCAGAUUACAACUGCAGCAGUUACUGUAUGGCAGAAAACCACUAAAACCUGAAUAUUAUCCUGAUCAGAUCAAAAAUGGGUCAUGUAGAGAAACGAGUCAACAUAUUAUCCAAUCAGUGCAGCUCAGAUUCAGACACAUCCACUUCAGCCCUGAUGUGAAUCCUUUGAAUCAGCUCAGGAUCGUUUCUUCUUUGUCAGUGCAGUCAGUGCGUUGGCCCUCAUCCAGCGGACCCCUGCAGUCUGCAGGUUUUAUGACUUCAGCUAAGUGCUGUCUGUUUACUCUAGCCUGCACCCCGUCUCUGUCUCGGAAAGAAAACCUCGAGUGUUGACACAAACCACGUCCAAACUCUGUUUUCUACCGUCUUUUAAUCAGUUUAAAGGUGUCAGUUUAAUUCUGUUUAAAGAUGUUUUAUCACACCUUUACCACUUAAAAGAGGACAUUCAUAAAGAUUUAAAGCUUAUGAUGAAAGUGUCUUUUCUCUUCUUUUUGAUUUUAUUUCCCCUUUUUUUAAUCCAGAUAAGUCAGUGUUUCUUGUAUUUUUCUCAUUUUUGUUUUACAAGGUUUUGGUCAUAUGUUGUCAUUUUAAAAUACCAUAAUUCCUUAAAUAAAUAUUCAUAUUUAAUAAACAAGUGGGCCCCCUAUAAUGACUGGGAUUAGGUUCUGUUUAUGUGCAUACAGCUCACUUCCAAAUAUUGGCCGAGGCACAUUCAUAUUUUGAUCAUAAAACACUCAGCAUUAAGAUCACAAUGAUUAUGCAUGAGCCAUAUGUUUUUUUAAGACGUCAGGUUUGAAGUGAGCUACAUCACUGACCAUCUCUGCACAGUUUGCUCUGGUUUUGCAUUAUAUUCUGACUGAGAUGAGCUCUGCUGCACAGAGCUGCACUGUGCACUCUCAUCCUGAUGAUUCAUGACAAAUGUGACAAAUGUGACAGUUUACUAUUUUUGAGCAUUUUCUCCAUUAUCAUAAAGGACAGCUGAAGAGAGACCAGAAGUAUAGGGAAUGGGGGUGGGGGGCAUGCAGCAAAGGGUCAUGGCUGUAAUCAGUUUUUUAUGUUUGCACAUAAUUUGUCUAUCAUGCAAAAGAAGACGCUUACAUGUUUAAAAACCUCACUGGUGCACAGAGACACUAUUUGCUUAACAGUGCAGUUUGUGGAGUGUUUAACCCUUUGUGCAUCAUCAGGAUGUAGUUUUGGCUCAUCAGCACAUAUUAAGUGAACCAGACCCUCACUUUGUGCCAACAUUUAAACAGUUAUAACUUUCUGACACCACUGGACUUUGAAAUAAAAGCCUGCCUCUAAUACAAGCCAGCUUCAUAUAAAAGCCUGGUGCCAUUUACAGUAAAACAAAAAGAAGGACCCUGCUUUUAUUUGAGGACUUACAGAUGAUAAACUCAGCUUUCAUCUGAGCAGGUGGACAAAAUCUUGAUAAGUUGUCUUUCUCUUAUCUCCUCUCUCUUCUGCAGCAACGUGAUCCUCACAAACGAAGCUCAGAGGACUCAAAGGUAAGACUUCCUUCAGGCUGCAAGACUCAGACACCUCUGUAAAUCACUAUUUUGAUGUCAUGACACCAGCACUUUGUCCUUGGGUGGAAGAUUUAGAGUCAUGUCUCUGACGCUCUAAAGCAGCUGUGUUGUCCUUUCUUGUGUAUUCUGGCUGCCACUUUCUCGCCCUUCAAUGACCACAGAGUUUUCCAGCAAAAACAGGCAGAGUCAGAGGGUUUGGGUGUGUGAUGAACAUUUGCAGCAACACAUUAAUCUUUGUUUUUUCUUGAGCCAUGUUUGAGUUAGUUCUUCUGCAGUUUAUGCUGUUGCGUGUGCCAAUAAAAAUCGAACUGUGUCAGUCUCAGGUCAACAGUUUCAGAUGAAAGUGAUGCUUGUGUUUGCUGUGCAUCCCAACUGUAAGUGUGACCACAGGAUCGUGUGUCCUGUCAGAUAAGCUGCAUUACAUAACGCCAAACACAAGUUGAACCCCUCUGUUAUUUAAGAACCAAACAGGUUGAUUUUAUCUUUACUAAAAAGGUGUCAAGAAUAUUUUCAUGCAGUUUUCAGUAAAAUUUUUCAUGCAUGUUUAUUUUCUGUGACUGAGAACAAAUCUUUUCACUCCAGUGGACAUCAUGCACUUAAAGGUUGAUUUUUUUAUUCGUCCUGCAGGUGAUGGUGAUGCAGGAGGGCUCCACUUCCCUGUUUGGCCAGCACCUGAAGCUGCCCACCCUCCCCAACAGCUCGCUCACAUCCACCUUCCCCGACCCAAAGAAGAGCAGGAGCUUCCACGGGUCAAAGGUCAGUGAUGUUUCCAGGUACAGCCUGGAGCUAAAAACCUUCUCCUCUCAGCCUCUCCCUGCUUUGAAACUUUUCACCCCUCCAGAGUCUCUGGGCCUUUAAUCCCCCUGCAUAUUUGGCAGCUUCAAAGACGUCCAAUAUAUUUAAACUCAGGGAUUUCAAAGACAUCCAACUCUGGCUUAAGCAAACUAUAUCUUGGCUGCAGCUCAGCAAUAAGUGCUCAUCAGACUCAGAGGCGUGCUGUGAAUCUUUGACUACCUGUGGGUUUGAAGAGGUUCGUAUUUUAGUCUCAUCUUAAAACUUUGUUUGCUUUGAAGUUUUAGCCAAAAACAAGCAAAAAAGAGUAAAAAGCCCAGCCAAGAAACAACACGAGAGAUUUAAAACAUUAUCUCCUGCUGCAGUAAGUCAUGUAUGUCAAUAAGCUCGCAUGUUGCUUCCAUUAAGUGUUAUUUUUAGUUGCUUUAAACAGUGUCAUUUAAGAGCUGCGUUAGGAGAGGCCCAUUUCACAUGGAAACAGUUUCCAGUCUAAACACAGUGUGUGUGAUGAAUUACUUCUGGAGCAGGAGGUCUCUCCUCCUCCCUCCGUCCCUCCUCCUUUUUUUCUCUCUCCCCCAUAUGCUGUGAGUUAUUGCUCUUGUAUUACAACAAAUCAGAUGUAUUUGAAAUAAAUCUUAACUAUCUUAAAGGUCCCAACUUGAAAUGUGCCUCAUAGUUUUCAUUUAACUGCUCCCCAUAUAUUUAAAAAUACAGACACAUUAUUCCUGCUGUCCAAAUCCUAAAACAAGUAGCAACUUGUUUUAUUGCAGCAGUAGAUAAAUGUAUGAAUAAUGUACAACCUCAAUUACACAAAAGUCGUGAUGCUGUGUAAAAGGUGAUGUUUGCAAAUUAUUUAAGGCCCAUAAUAAAUUAAAGAUGGCGCAGAGACAAUUCCGACAAUAAAACUGAAGAAUCUAUGCUGAUUUUAAAUUCAGUGUCGGCAACAUGUUUUAUAAAAAAAGUUAUUAGAGAAACAACUAAACAGGUGAAAAGUUGCUGGAGGAACAUCUCCAACUAAUGAAGUUAAUUUUUAACCGGUUAGUCACAUGACUGGGUAUGAAAAGGACAGACAGAGAGAGGCUGAGUCUCUCAGAGGGAAAGAUGGGAAGAGGUUCACCACUCUGUGAGAGACUGCGUGAGCUAACAGUUCAACAGUUUCCGAAUAAUUUCAUGUUUAGGAAUAUAGAGAAUCUGGAGAAAUCUGAGCACCAAAGGGACAGAUCUUCAUGUCCUUAGGCAGCACUGCAUUAAAAACAGACAGGACUCUGGAGUGGUAAUCACUGCAUGGGCUCAUCUGUGAAAGCUCCAUUAAUGCUGAACAAUAUCUACAGGUUUAGAAGCAACAUCUGCUGCCAUCCAGACAAAGACUUUUUUAGGGAAGACCUUCAUAUUUCAGCAAGACAAUGACGAACCACAUUCUGACAACAAGGAUUAAAACAGCAUGGCUCUGUAGUAGAAGAGUCCUGCUGAUAAACUGGUCUGCCCACAGUCCUGGCUUGUCCCCCAUUAAAAAUUUGGAGCAUCAUCUCACCAAAAACAGGACAAAGAAGACCCUGAACUUUUGAUUAGCUGAAAUCCUCUAUCAGGCAAGAAUGGGACAUUUCUUUUUCAGACUCCAGAACCUGGUCUGCUGGGUUUCUUUUGUGGUCAGGAUUUGCUUCCACUUCCUUUCUGACACUGUUACUGUAACAGUCCCAUCAGUGAUUUAUUCAGACCCAGGUCACCUGCUAACCUGCUAAUGUCACGGUGCUGAAAGGUUUGUUAAAAAGUGCCACUUUAGUGAUCUCCUCUAUGCUGACGGCGGUGCAGGCCUCGGUCUGUCCCCUCUAGAGCACUAAACCUGGUUUAUGUUGGGAGGAGCGCUCUGCAGCUCAGAACGAGCUGGCAGCUUUACAUCCUGAGGUCAGAGGUCACCUGCAGAUAGGCGAAAUGAAAGGUUUUAAAGGUGCUUGGGCAGAGUAGUAACACACCCCGUCGUCUAGACUGCUUUAAUGGGUUUACUGCAGUGAUGAAAUAUUGACAAGGGGGCUGGAGGUGAGACUGGGGGACAAAUGGCCCCCGUCGUUUGAAGGAAUGCAUUUCCUCUUUUCUGCACGUUGCCCUUCGCUCCACUUUUCAGGUUGUGCGGCUGCUGAAAAGGCCCCUUCACGUCGCUGAACAGCGCUGCUCAAAAGAAGUCCUGAGUUUGCUCUUUAAGCUGUACACAGGGGCUAAGAAGACCCUUUAGAGGAGUAGACCUCUUUUUUACAGAUGGUAAUGCCAAACUGCAGGGUUGCACACAUGUUUUUGUUGUGGGAAAGGAAGAGGGUUAAUCUUUAUUUGGCUGAGCCCCCUGGUUUUUGCUCACUUUGUUUUUUAUACCAUGUACUGCCCGAGUUAUGCAUGUAGUUUAAGUGGAGAAUAAAUUCAGCCAGAAAAAAAUCUAAAAAGAAGAUAUAAUGAAGAUGAUAAGGGAAAGGAGGACAAAAAGUUUGAAAUUGUUCCAGUAGAUUGGUUUAGCCUGCAGCAAAGGCGCAGGUCAUAAUGACAGUAACGUAGUCCUCAGGGCUUGAUUCCAGCCCACCAUGGCAGGGCAGGAUUUUUGAGUAGCAAGACCCAUUUUUGAAUUGGACCAAAUCACAGCCUGUUUUUACAUCAUUUGCGGUCUUCAAGAGGCAUGAGAAUUGAUCACAACCCAACCAAAGUAUAAAACAUGGAUGUUACCUCCAACAGGUUUUUAAAGCAGGGUUUUGAGGCCCAUCAGCAGCAGUAGCCCUGUUGGAAAAUCUGACUAAACCAAACCUUUUGUAGACGUAGAAAGAGGCAUAGAGGUUCAGUCUUGGCCCCUACUUAACAUCUGAAGACAGAUCUCAAGUAGGGGAAAUUAGGGGAUUUCUCUCACUUCUGUGGAGUUACCUCACCUGGUACAGAUACACAUCCAAACCUCAAGUCUAUUUUCAGUCUCGGGUCUCUAUAGGAUGUCCUCACAUAUGGUUCCUUAAAUCCACAGGAUGGUUCCAAAGGAGGCGGCCCUGCUCUUCUAACCACCGCCACGACCACCAGCACCAACAGCAGCAGCUUCUCCAAACUCCACAAACCCUCCAAGGACCACAAAGAAAAGCCUCCAAAAGACUUGAAAGAGCCCAAAAGUGCCUUCAGAGACUCUGGCUGGGAAUCCAGCAAAGCCCCCAAAGAACCCUCCAGGAAACCCAAAGAGAACCAGCCGCUUAGAGAUAUCAACCCUAAGAUGGGCUUCAAGGAACCCAAGUCCAUGUCCAAGGAACACAGGACUGAAGGGAUGACCCAUGGGUUAGGGCUAAACAAGCGUCUGUCUUCUACGGACGCUGAUGACCACGUGACCAAAAAACGUAAAAAGGGAUUUGUGGAUUCAUCAGGGAAGCCGAUGUCAGAUGCUCAACAUUCGGAUAAGAAACUCUUAAAGGAUAGAUCGCAGAUCCGAUCCAGUAAAUGCAGACCAGAAGGUGAGGACGCAGAACGUAGGAAGGGUUCAGCUCUUCCGCCAUUCCAGGAACUUGUGGACCCCAACGACUCGGAUAUGGAGGACCAGUCCAACAAGUCAGAUGUAAGUACAGUCUAAUUUCAUUAAUUCUUUAAAAGCCACUGUAAGAUAUCAAAUGCUAUCUUCACAGAGAGAGAAAGAGUUCUAAGUCGGUCUAAUUUGGGGAUUCGGGUGUAUUUAAAUCUGGGACUUAUUUCACAGCUGUGGGUUUUUAUAACUCAAGGAUAUCAAACAGUUUUGAAAAUGCUCAGAUGCUCCGGGCUCUGAAGUGUCAUCUUAAGCAAACUCGACCCUUUCCACUGCCACUUGAACUGGCAACACAAAUAAACAGACAUGCACUGAUUCUGUAAAAACGGCAGCAUUACAGCCUCAUUAGCACAUAUGUUGUAUGUUUGUUUGUCGUUACAUUUCUGUUUAGAAGGCCGUUCAUUAUACAAGACGUGGUGCAUCAGUUUACAAAGUCGUAUCGCCAACUACUAGCCUGGCAUGCAUACUCAUCUUGAUCUUUUCUAAACAAAGUCUCAGGCCCACAAAUAUGCUAGAACACAGCUUAGGUUGAAAACUAUAGAAUUAAGGGCCUGUGUCCACUGACAGUAUUUUUUGUUGUGGAUACAGGCCCUUGAUUUUAAAGUGCUCUUACUUUACUGGCACUGUUUGUUGGAAGGGUAAAGAAGUGGCACUUUUGCUUCCUUUAGUUGCGAUUGCUGAGUCUUCUUUUAAUUGCUCAGUAGUUGAUUGUAUUCAAGGCAAUUAAAAGAAACUGUAUAAAAAUGGUGGAAAUGAAUCUGGCAUUGGCUGCAGAAAACGAGACAGAAGUCCUGCUGCCCCUGGGUGCUGGUUUGGCUUGAAUGAAGGAGCAGGUGCCCAAUCUACAGAAGUCCUCAUAGCACCCCAUUUUCUCUCUCAAUAUUUCCCUUGUGGUUCUCUCUUCAGCUGCCCUAUUUGAUAAAGACAAAACAUCACCUCCAAAGUCCUGCCCCUUCUUUAUGUUGGUUAGCCACUGAGGGUAGGCAACAGGAACACGUUUGGAGGUGUUUCAAAAGUUGCACUUUUUUGUAGCACAGCAACUAAAAUCAGAAAUUUCUGAGAGAGUUUUUGGGCUUAGGAUGUUAGAGGUGAAAACUUUUCACUGGUUUUCUGUAAAGAAAAUUGGAUGCUACCAAUAGUGGACACAAGCCCUGAAUGUGAAAACUGCCAAUUGUAGACACAGGCCCUACAAAGCUGUUUUAUCUGAUACAAACACCAAAUAUCACUAUUCUUUUACCACAGCACAUGCUUACGGAGCAGCUGUUUGAGUCCUGUUGGUCAGACUUUCAUUUUCAAACCACUUUACUGAAAAUAUUGAGAAGGGAGGAGGGAAAAGUAUCCGAUUCUCUCAAAGCUUCAGUGGGGAGGGUUUGUUAGUGAUCAGUCCUUCCUCAGCGUGGAAACAGCUAUAAAAUCAAACGACCAACAGGGAGAGGGAAUCCUCUUUAAUGGUGGUCUGCCGGACUCUGGGGGGCUGGGCGGGGAACUGGAAGAAGGGGUGGGCACCAAUAAACCAAGUGGGAGUUCAGCUGUAUUCGUCUGGGUGGCCAAAGAGGAGGCGGACGAACCUGGAGAGGUUAUUUUUCUUUUUGAUUGAGAGAAAAUUAUUGAUUUGGUGUCUUUCUAGUUUAAAAAUCACUGCUCAGAGUUUCACCAGUGGGAGCAGGAUUAGAAAAACUUCAUUCCUACACUGGCUCCUUUCAUGAAUAGGCUGGGUUGCCUGGUCCACGCUCACUCGGUGCAGAACCUCCCCAUAAAGAAGGGCUGUUUUAAAGCCAAAUAGUGGACAAGAAAGAUUUAUGGUUUUACAACACCUGAGGAGAAAGAAGAGACGCGGCAGUGAAUAGCAGAGAGUUCCCCUUUAAUCCUUUUAGCUUUUCAAAGAAGAAAAGGGUGAAGAAAGGUCUGAAUCCCAGCGCUCUGAGCUGUUUUCUUUUAUGUGAUUUUCAUUUCUAUCCUCAGAGUCUUGUAUAAAGCGUGGCCCUUUAUAUGUGUGUCUCUGUAGGGCAGCUUGUUUAGCCGGGGGAGUUAUUACCUCGCACUAGCAGGACCUGUGUUUUUGUCAGCGCUGUAUGUAAAUGCCUUUAGUUUUCCCAUACAGGGGGCUGGGGGUCGGGGGUGGUUGUAAAAGGGGAUGUGGGGUGACAAAUGCCAGGUGUUUGAUUCUCCCCCGGUGGCCGACACGCAGCCCCGCUCUCUCUCUCUUUUUUUUUUUUUUUUCUCAUGUGACCGUGUGUUUGAUCUCGGCCUGUUCCACAGAGCGGCUGGCCAGAAACAGCACAGAGGAGGAAAUGUGGAGUAGGUGAUGACAUGAAGGGAAAGCAGGCUGGCGUGUUAGCAUGAGAACCUAGAGCUGAGCACGCUGGAUGUGGGCACAGGCUGAGUGAUCUGUCACCUGCACACAUUUGGGUGGAUGGAUCUUUGCUCAAGUGUGUUUAGCAGACCUGUGGAGUGUUUUUUAACAUGUUUGUUUGACUUUAAACUCACAGCAGUAGAGACGCGUUUCAUAUCCGUCACUUUGUUUGACUGUACAGCUUAUUUUUAUGCUUGAGGGGGGCGCUACAGAGGUGAAAAUUCUGCAAAAUGUGCAAAAAAGUUCUGCAAAACUGUUUUAGUUACAAAAACAAACUUUGUUUUUCAGGCAAAUACGUGAAUGCAGUGCUGCAUAAAGUGUACUAAGUAGAGUCCGUGAGUUGAUUUGCUCCCCUGAUUGGGUUUAGGAUGCAACAACCACUGAAAACAUGCAAUAAGAUUAAUGUAUGCAAUAAAACCUGGGGCUGCAUCCAACAGUAUUAGACAUAAAACUGUCUAACUUUGACCAUAAAUAUAUCACCAAAGUCUGAAUGUAUCCCAUUAUUCAGAAAACAAGCAUUUAGGUAGACAGUCAAUGUGCAUGUGAGGAAAAAAACAGCUUUUCAGAUUUAUAUUUCAUAUUCAGGACUGUAGGAUUUCCUGGAUAACUCACUCUAUGAUAUGAUAUGAUACAGGGUAAGUAGGCUAACAGUCACAUCACAACUCAGUGAUUCUGGCAUGCUAUGACAUGAUAAUAUCUUGUUGAGUAAAGAAUAUAUAAUGCUGCUAAAAGGUAAAGGAAAGUGGGGGGUUUAUGUCAUUAGUGCCAUCUUUAGAUAGAAGUCAUGUAGUAGGGUAAUAAGUCAAACUGAAGGGAAAGGAGUUCAAGAGCUGUUGAGACUGUAACUUUAUCACACAAGUCCUGGAAAAGAUUGAUUUUUAUAUUUUCAUAUUUUGUUCCAACCUAAUGAACACAGCUUUAGUGUGAUCAAUAUUAUCCUGUAAGAUCAGGGUUUGGAUCCUUCAUUUUUAGGUGAACAACCUCAGUGACAUUUACUCCCAACCCCAGUGUAGAUACUGUCUGCUGUCACAGAAGAGAAUAAAUCUGAAAUGGAAAUAAAGGCUUUCAUUUUACCUUUUUAGGUUAACGUCCACAUCAAUAUUUGAAUAAAAAUAAACACUAAUGAUAACCAAUUAACAAACAGACCUGUGCGGUAAUACCCCGUACUGCACAAGUGACAGUAAGUUAUGCCUGAUAAAUCCAAUUGUUAUCAUUAUUGUGGGAUAAAGAUCAAAAUCCAGUUCCAUUUUGGACCUGGUUUAGAGUCAGAAUAGAGUUAGAGUCUCUUUUACCUGAGGAUUUUUCAGGAGGAACAACCUUUCUGAACUUUGGCUGACUGAGAGGGAACUUUUGAACGUGUAGAAAACAGGAAAUAUGAACCUUUUUGUUCCUCACAAUUUGAAGCCGAACUCACUAAAAACUCAUUUUUGCAGGUUUUUCCAUAAAUCAAAGUUACCUUUUGUCUUAAUUUGUGUAUACAUGAUUGCAGUCAUGUAAAAAGCCUUCUUAAUUAGAUAAAAGCUUCUUUAACUCAAACACUUAUGCCCUUUAUCUUUUAACAGUCACAGCAGACUAAGAUAAAUCCUUAAGUUUGGGAUCAAAUUGUAACCUCAUGAAUAGAAUUCUAACUCCACUGUGAAACUCUAAGAGAUUCACACCCUCAGUAGAAAGAUAAUAUUCAGCAUCAUAAGUUUCUGAUUGAUCCUGUUGUCAGGUUUGGAGAUCUUACAUGUAUCAAUUUGGAAUCACUGCAAUCACCCGUUGUAAAUCCGAAUUCUCACCAACCCAAAAUUUUAGAUUGUAACUUGUAACUUUAAGAGCUCUCUCAUCUUACAUCUUUACAUCUCUCUUAGUUGUCCUUGAUAGUUCUUUGACAUAUGAGCAUGUUUUCUGUUGCUGAAUUAAUGAACUUAUGUACAUGAGCAUAUGUGCAGGUGAGCACUUGUAAAAGUCCCCCUUACAAACUGAAGAAACUGUCAGGGCCUUAUACCAGAAAUCAAACAAAAACAAGAAAAACAGUACAAGACCAAAUGUGGUCAUGCAGGAGUCCGCAUCCUGGUUUGAGUACUACAGCACUUGAUAACAAUCAUGUGAUCCCCAAAAUAAUUUAGAAAAUUGACCCCUGAUUUUAAUGACAAACUUUACAGUCUUUGGCUGUAUUGAGUUGUGUAGAAAAUCUCUGUAAAAGGGUUGUUUAUCAGAGAAAAACAGGGUUACUGGUACUAAAAUGUUCAGAGAAGUCGAUUGUAAUUUCAGUGAGAUAUCAGGCGGGUCAGAAGACAGUAAACAGACUCGCUGUAGUAAGAUAAAGCAUGGAAAAGCCCUUUAAAAAGUCUGUGUAACAUUUGUGCUGUAAACCACAUCAUGUCAGAAUAAAAGACUCAGCUUUGUUUGUCUACAGUGUCACACUGAAAAGCUUCUCCACAUUAAAAUAACUCUGUUUGGACAACCCCCGCUGAAUUAGACAAGCAAACUAAACAGGCUUUGGUCAGUUUGUUGGCAUUUCUUUCGUUUUCUGCGCUCUAACUGUGCCAAGAGUUAAGAGAUGAAGCCAGAUUGAUGCCAGCAAACUGCGUCUAAAGGCUGUUUAUUGUCUUUGAAGAGGGCAGCUUUGGUGGCUUUGAGUGAAGCGGGACAAAAGGCCUAAAAAGGAGUGGUGGUGAGAUUUAUGGCACUGUGGAGAAGCUGUCCCAUAAACCAACAGACCAGCUGUGUGCUGUUUGUUGGCAGGAGGUGACGACCAUUGAAGUCGCUCUGCCUUUUGUCCUUCUGUCUCUCUGUCCCUCUCAUGUGUCUCCUCCUCAGCGCUCUGUUUUCUCUGCCAGCUCUGCUUCAAAGUUAAAGUUUGUUAGCUAACAUUUAAGAGUGUUUUAAACCUCCUUCAGUCUCCAACACUGACACAUUUUAAAGCUCAGUGUCCUCCAACUGUUUAGGAUUUAAAACCUCACAUCAUGUAAAAGCCCAAAUUGGCCCAAAAUAUACAAUGAUAUAAACUGAUGAUUAUCACCUUUAAACAUUUUAGUGUUUUUGAGUUUAACUAUUUCAUUUAAAGAUAUUGAAAAACAUCAGCUUACCUUGUUUAAAUGCCUGUUUUUCUUUAAUGUGUAUUCAUUUUUUCUUAAGUUCAUAUUAUUUCAUCUUUAUUUAUGUGCUCCUAAAGCUGAGUAUGUUUUAAAUUUGCAUACGAACACUCAACACACAUGCGAAUACUUGUUUGUGUGUUGUGACGAUUGUCUGAUUGCUGUCGGUUUGACUGACCUGUCGUUCAUGCUCAUUCACUGAAAUCCUGACGGUAGCAGAAGUACAGAUCUCAGGAAUGUGUGUGAAGGAAUCCGUGGAGCGCCUGGAGCCCUGUUUGCUCUCACACCUGUGCACACCUGGGGAUCAGUGCAGAGUGGAGACGGGAGUGACUGAUCGUUGGAAGCCGAAAGCUCCGACAACUUUUCAUUUAGUAUUUUUUUAUCACUUUACAAAGUGACACGUGUUUGACUUGAGGCUGUAGAUUUAACCUAACAGCUCAUUUUAGAGUCCGCGUUAAUUACCUUUAUAUGACAGGAACAUAAAAUAUGAGCUGAUUAAUGAGAUGAAAAAUCACUCUCAGUACUGUGUUAAAGUAGCAGAGGGCACUGUCUGCCUUUCACUUCAUUGUCUUGGUGAAAACUAAGAAUGUUUUGUAUCUUAUUUUCUUAAUCUGUUUUUUCUUUCAGUCUGAACAGCCAAGUCCAGCCAGUUCCAGCUCCAGUUCAGGAUUUGCUCCCACACACCACAAAAGACAAGGUAAACACCUGCGUGAUGCAUCUAUAAGUUUACAUUUUUAUGAUGCUCAUCAGCUGUUUGAGUCAGAUUUGAUCGUAAUGCACGGUUCGGCUCUGAAAGGGCAGUUUCAUUUAGCAGAAAUAGUAACGGUUUGAUGUCCAACCUUUAUCAUCUGGCAGCAGAUGAUAUUUGACAGAAAAUACACAAAUGAAUACAUCAUCAGUUCUGCAUACAUUUACUGUAUAUUUACAUUGCAAGCAGCAUAUUUAAGCAGAAGAUAAUUUGGUGUUUCUGUAUUUUUGAUAAAUGUUUGCAGUACUUCUUCGAAAAUCUUUCCAUCUUUUUAUAUUUAAUUCCUGGUAUUCAACAGCAGAGUUUCAGAGCCACAAUUUGAGAAGAAAUGUAAGAAAUUUGGAAUUAUCACUGUCGUUAAACAAAACAAAAAUACAGCUACUUAAAGUAAUCAAAUUAAAAUAUGUUUUUGUCCACUCUGUCCUUAAAUUUGUUCUGAUCUAACAGGUCCCAUUAUUUAGUUGUAGAGCUUUUUAAGAGUUGAAACAGUUCUUAAAUGUGUUUUUAAAAUUACUCAGUUUGUGAAAAAGGGGGAAAAAAAACGGAUCAUAUUUUUUGUGCAGGUCAACUCAACCAGAUACAACAGAGCACUGUCUUUGUCCUUAAAUAUGUAGUUUGUAUAGUUAACUUCUACCUGUCAUGUGUUUGAAACCUGCUGAAAUAUUUGAAAGGGUUCUCAUUGUAUGGUGGCUCAGAGAGAAAACCCUGUCAUGACCACAAGAAACCUUUUCCAAAAACUCAAACAUUUCAGGCUCUGCAAAAAAAUUUAUAUUUCCAGAAAUGUUCCCUGAACCUCAAAAGCACUUCAUAAAACUUAAAAGUGUUAAAUGAAACAAAAUUUAAAAAGGCAUUGAAUGAGGUAUUUAAUGAAAACUAUGUAAAAGAGCUGAACAUGAACAUAUUUGGUGUAUCACUAAAUCAUUUCAUCAAACUGACCAGAAUGUAAAGGUAGAUAAAAAAUGGUCUCGAGAUCUCUUAACAAAAGUUAUAGCAAAAUGUUUUCAUUGAACACAAAAAAAAUGUUUGCUGGUUAAAAAUGUUUCAUGUAACAUUUCAGACAAAAAAGUUUCUCAGGUACACAAAAAAUUUCCAAAAUACAAAAAAAAAAAAACUUUUAAAACAUAUUUUGUGAAAUAUUUUUGCAGCUUAUAAAUAUUUUGUGUUAUGAAAAAUAUUUUGUUUCAGAAAUAUUUUUGUGUUUCUUAAAAUAAUUUUGCGUUUUGGUGAAACACUUUUGUUUCAUUCUUUGUUCCCUAAAAAGAUUUAUUUUUUUUUGUUUCAUGUGGGUUUUUUUGUUUGUUUGUUUGUUUGUCAGCAAUGUUUUCAAAAAAUGUUUGUUUUGUGGAACAUUUUCUGUGGUUAGUAAAAUAAAAAUGUGUUUGUAAAAAAUGUUUGUACAGUUGACCGUCAGGGUCAACAUACUGUAAGGGAUUUGAGCCUCUACGCUAAUAGAUCUUAAACUAUUCUGAGGUGGCAGGUGAGGUCAAAGUUGAUCUAAAAUCGGGUUAUAUUGUUAGUCGUAUUGUUAGUCGUCUUUUCUGGAGUGUGACGUCUGCUUGUGUGUUUGUAAUCCUCUCUGAGUGCAGUGGUCGACUUCAUCAUCAGGAAGAGGGUGGCUCUUCCUGCCACCACCCAAACAGGUAACAGCUCCUCUGAGACCUGUCCACCUCACCUGCACACCUGCAUGGGGACUCUUUUCCCAGCCUUUGCACAUGCAUGAAAACUCAUGCACCUCUUUGCAGCCAGAUUUAGGUUUCAGAUCACUGAUGGCUUUUUUUUUUCACUGCGGAGCGUCUGUGUCGUCCUUUGUCACCUGGUGAUGUCUAAAUGUGGAACAAACUUUUUAUCCUGCAGGUGUUUGCUUCUGUCUCUGUCUACAGACGAUGAAAAUAUUAAAAAGGGUUCCCCUCUCAUAGCAGCACGUUCUUAACGAACAUAAUAAAAUACAAAUAACCCUGUUUUAGAGAUAACAAGAGUCAGGGAAGCCAAAGAAAUCACAUAGUUUUUUUAUGUUAAUGUUCACUAAAACAUGUUAAUCAUUUUAAAGUUACAGAUGAAUUUAUUUUUGUUCAAACUGGGAGCAAAUAUCAUUGGACCAUCCCAGCAUCCUUCCAUCUGACAGCAUGAUCCCCGGCUCUAUUCAUGGAUGUUAAACACCAAACAAAUAAAAAAAGAAAACUCAUCUCUUGUUUCCUCUUUUCUGUUUUUGUCUCGUACUGAAGUGUUGGGCCCGCUGCAGUCCGUCAUACAGGAUCUGCACUCAGAUGACAACGAUGAAGACUCAGAGGAUGAUGACGACAACGACAUGGACUCUGAUGGGGAGAGACCAGCGCACACACAUCACACUCAUCAUCAACGCAGGUAAGUUUAAGGGCAAACAUGUGUGCAAUAAGCUUUUGUGUUGUACCUUUAAGUUUGCCAAAAAUUAGCAUUUCAGUUGUUCAGUGACUGUGCAUCACCAGUCAAUCGCUACCAUUUGGUCGAAAUAUGAUCACUUUAAGAUUAAAAACUUGGUGGUGAUGGAAGCAAUGCCAAGACUCAAAGUGUUAAAAACAAUACCUACACUUUUAUUUUUCAAUGAAUAGUUCGUAGAUUUUACCUGCUGCCUUCUAGUGGUCAAAAAAGUCAGCGACUGGGCUUAAAUUCAGCAUUGAACAGAGCAUUCUUUAUAACUACUUAUAAGUGCAAGGCUCCAACCUGGGGGCCUUUGCUGCUGCUCUGCCUUCCUUGGCUGUUCAUGUAUGUGCAUGGAAAGGAGGAGGUGUUCUCUCCCCGCCUCAGGUUUUUGCGUGCUGUAUGCACUCUUGGAGGGGCAGGGAGCUCUACCCCAGUGGGUCUUUGCAGCUGCUCUCCCUGCCUCAGCUUUUCAUGUAUGCCAAUGAAACACAGAGAAGGUGUGUGUGCUACCUGCCUCAGGCUUUGUUAUUCCACAUAUGCAUGUUGAAGGGCAGGGAGCCCACAUGAGAGAGCGAUACAACCACAAGUAAUUUUUUAUUGGCCAAAGCGGUCCUCCCUAAAUUCUGGUUUAACCAUCUUUAACUGGAAGUUUGGGCAAAAGGUGGCAAGAUAUGGUUAGUCGGGUUAUUUCAGUGUUUUGUAGCUUGGAGUCAGACAUAAGCCAGAUGUUUUGAUAAUUUUAGCAUCUGCUUUUUUCCCUCACUUAACUUUCAGGGUCAGUUUGAGUGACGGCAGUGAGAGUGACAGCUCCUCCCCUUCGCCCCCAUCCCGCAAUGAAGCCCCGCCUUUAUUAAAGACUACUAAUAACCAGGUAAGAUCGUGCAGUAUUAUGCAGCAGCUAAUUAAACAAGAGCUGAAGUCGUAGUAAACCCAACUCUGAGUCCGUCAGCUCCACUUUGACUCUUUGUUUAUCGUGUCAUCUGUCAGAUUCUGGAGGUGAAGAGUCCCACCAAGCAAAGCAAGCAGGACAAGAACAGAAACCUGGACUGUGAUAAGGUACACAAGUUUCCUAUGCAUUUCACUUUAAAGUUGAGUGUAUGAUGAAUUUGAACUUAUCUUCAGUACAGUCUUGCAUCAACCUGAACAGGAGCUUCUCAGUCUAUCUGGGUGAAGGUUCUUCAUUCCGAGCUCCCAGCCCAAGUAAUGGGGUCUCACAAGGCUCCAUUCUGGGUCCGAUCUUGUUUAGUGUAUCAGCUCUUCGUACAACUCAUCAGGAGUUUUUUUUUUUUUAUGUGCUUUGCAAAUAAAUAACUUGACUUGAUAGAUUAACAUGUUGGUAUUUCCGGCCUGCAUUGAGGUCAUCUUGAGAAUAAUUGCUUUGACAAUCAAGUUUCCUGCUCACUGGAGCUUUUGCAGGAGUCAGUCAGAAGCUUUCUGAACCAACUGAACUUGUUUCUUGUCCUGUCAUCUAUGAAAUCUAAUAACUUUCUAAAAUGUUGUUUGUGUCUCCCAGGCGUACCUUGAUGAACUGGUGGAGCUGCACAAAAGACUGAUGACACUAAGAGAAGGUCACAUACUGCAACAGGUAUGUAUGAAAACCUCCGUAGGAAGGAUAUACCCAUCAGUAAAUGUAACAUAGGAGGUGUGUUAGAUGCAAACACACAGUCUUCAGAGAUAUCUCAAACACUAUUGGAAAAAAAUUCAGUGUAGUGAAGGUUUGAUCUUCAAUCAUCCUCAAACUCAUCCCCUCUUAUCUCCUCUGAAAUUUUCCACUGAGCGUCUGAGCUCCAAAUAAAAAAUGAAGUAUGUUUUGGCUGGUUUCCACAGCUCUCACUGAUCUCAGUGUAGUAUCACUUCAUGUCAGAGCCAUCGGUCAGCUGUGUUGUUGUGUCGGAUUAGAAGAGGAGCUGUGAUCUGUUACAGAUCCUCCACAAUCUGCAGCUUCAUCUGGAAGCAAUAAAUUAUUUGGUUAACCCCUGUCCACCUGAGAGAUUCUGUGUUUCUUGCUUAUAUUGGCGAGCCCUCUCAUGUGACCGUAUUAGCGGAUCUUCCCGGCAGCAGCUGCCAACUUCUGCCUCGCUCUCCUAACAAGACGGUCAGCUCAGAGGAAGAGAAGAAAUCCCAUCCAAAACAGCAUCACGGCUUUUACUCUGACUGUAAUCAGACUAAUCUAGAAGAGUUCACCAACUGACUCCACAUCCUGUUACAAGAGAUGGAAAUGAUUAACUCGCAGGCUUUCCUGCAGACUGCUGAGAACCACAAAGUACAGCUCUGAGCUCUGUGAUGCAGACGGUUUAUCUGCACACAGAGAAAUACAGUACAAGUUUGGUUGCUCUUUGUGGUAAUAACAGUUCAUAAAAACCCCCAAACAAGUGGGAAAACGGCCAAAAUGACUGACAACCUGAGUGGCUGCCUCAUAUCUUCAUUUCUGCUGUAUGUCGACAAAGUUUAAAGGCCUGAAAGUUUGUGGUUUCUGUUUGUAGUCUGAGAAGUCUGGACCAGUCAGCAAGCAGAGAAAAGUGCUUAUGGGACAUAAACCGAAUGACUCCAAAAGUCCUCAAGCAGCACUGCUUUACGAACAAUCAUGACUCUGUAGUGGAAGUCACUGCAUGGAAUUCAAACUGUCAUCUGUGAACAGAGUUCAUCUCUUCAGGUUAUACCUGUACAAUGCAAAAUAUAACCCAGAUGGGUUGAGCCUGUAAAGAAAGCCAGGAUGUGAAAACUGUCCUGUGGUCUGAUAAAUCAAAACUUGAUCAUCUUUUUGGAAAUCAUGGACACCAUAGCCUCGGCUUGUUCGCAGCUCUCAGUCCAAAUCUAGCAUCUCUGAUGAUAUGGGGGUCAUUAAAGGCCAUGUCAUGGGUAUCUUCCACAUCUUUGAAGGCUCCAUUAAUGCUGAAAAAUAUCUUUAGGUUUAGGAGCAACAUCUGCUGCCAUCCAGACAAAGACUUUUUCAGGGAAGACCUUCAUAUUUCAGCAAGACAAUGACAAACCACAUUCUGACAAGAGGGAUUACAACAGCAUGGCUCUGUAGUAGAAGAGUCCUGCUGAUAAACUGAUCUGCCUGCAGUCCUGACUUGUCCCCCAUUAAUAAUAUUUGAAGAACAAAUCCUCUGUCAGGCAAGAACAGGACAACAUUUCACUUCCCAAACUCCAGAAUCUGGUCCACUUGAUUCACUAAUGUUUACAGAGUGAAACACAGUGGUAAAUAUGUCCCUGUAAGAACUUUCUCUUAUUCCUAUGAAGCUGCUCCAGUAAAGUCUUGACCUGCACAAGCAUGUCAGACUUUAACAUUGCAGAGCCCAGGUGAAUCCUGUUCUUACCCAGCGUACUCUCUUUCCCCCAGAUUGUGAACCUGAUCGAAGAGACGGGACACUUCCACAUCACUAACACUACUUUUGACUUCGACCUUUGCUCCUUGGACAGAAGUACGGUCAGAAAACUGCAGAGUUACCUGGAAACUUCCGGACUGUCCUGAAGCUCUGAGCAGCUGGCUGCACGCAGACUUUUGAUUUUUCUUGAACAAACUCUGGAUGCAAUGCAAAAGCCCCGCUGCGGCCGGGUCCGGCUGCUGUGUGUCCUGCCUGCUGGUUGGACUGAGAUCUCUGGUUGGAGAGGUCGUCCCGCUGCAGAAUCAGAGCCAGGUGAGGUGAGGAUGAGCCCUGUCGAUCAGGUGAUCACCCAGGAAGCCUUUAAACAAAGUGAGGAGUGGCCGCCUUGUUGCUCUUAAUGAAUGUGCAUAUUGUUACCAAGUUUGUUCUGGAUUUGUUGUUCAUUGUGACAGAUGCAUGGUCAAAAAUGCCUUACAACAUGUAAGUCUUAUUUAUUGAAUUGAAUUUGCAGGUGUGUAUGUGUGCGUGUGUGUGGGAGUGUGUGUAUUUGCAAAAAAAGAAAAAGAAGCAGCAGAAUGAGACUUUGGUGAAGCACUUCACAACAGGCCUGUGUUUGGAUCACGAUGAUACUCUGAAAGUUCAAUCUCAAUCAUUUUAAUGGGAACAAAAAAAUCGCCACAGCAGGAAGUUUGUACUCGAAUGAAUGUAAAACGUCAGUGCAUAUAUGUGCAAAUUACCAGUUUUACUAAAAUCCAGACAUUUUAAAUGAGCAGCGCUUGACAGUCCUGCAGAGCUCCAGAAAUGCUCUAAAAAAUCUAGUUACAUCUAAUAGUGGGAUGAAAUUAAAAAAGAAGAGAGAGAUCAUGUGACCUGAGUUGAAUGUGCCCCUUGUACAGAAGCCGUAAUUGGUGGCCUAGAUUCAUAUCCAACUGGUGAACCUUUGUCACAUGCCAUUUUCCAACUUUAUAUCUUCUAUCCACUGUCCUGUCUUCUGAAUUAAUAAAUCAAUCAGCCCAAGUCACAAAUUCCUGCAUCAAACCCUGUGACGUGAGGAAUCAGCGUUUACAUUUCUUGACUGCCUGAAAGGCAGGAUUGAUGGAUCCAACCUCCAUUCACCCACCAAACAUUUUAACAACCUGAUGUCUGACUUUUGGUUGAUCCAGAUCAUGAUGAUGUUCUUUCAGGAGAAACUAAGGUCCUGUUAAUGACAAGAAAAUUUGUUUCUUUUUCAGGUUCGUACCUCUGAGAAACUUACUGUUUAUGAUGAAAUAAAGACUCACCAAGUCUUUAUUGUGACGUUAGUCAGAGUUUUGGCUUUCUACAUACAGUGAAGCUAAGACUUAUUAGGUUUUACUGCUGAGACCAACAUGGUUUGUACUGUUCAAUUUAGCCAGAGUGACACCUCUGUGUAACUUAAUAUAUAUACAGUGAAACUAAGACUCACUAGGUUGAUAUUGUAGAGCAAGCUGAAGUGAUGCCUCUGUUUAACUCCAACCAGUGAAACUGAGACUCACCAUGUUUGUAGCAAGAGUGAAAUCUCUGUUAAAAAUGACAAUUUACAGUGAAACUGAGAUCUUUCAGGUCUAUAUCUGAAGCUGCUGAAGUGAAGCCUCUGUAAAACUUUGUAUUUACAGUGAAACUUAGACUCAAUGGCUUUCUACUGCUGAAGAUACAAGCCCUGUAACACUCAAUGUGAACAGUGAAACUGAAACUCACCACGAACGAUUAAUAUUUGGCCAGAAUCAAAACUUUGGGUAGCUUACCUUUUACAGUGAAACAGAGACCCACAGGGUUUGUCCUGCAGAAAUAAGCCAGAAUUAACUCUCUUUAUAACUCACUGUUAACAGCUGAAAUCAACCGACCAGGUCUAUAUUGUGAAGUUAUCCAGGCUGACACAGUGAAACUGGGAUUCACCACAUUUUUACCAAGAAAUAAGCCAGAAUGAAGUCUCUGUGGAGCUUAUUCACCUUUGAUACUGAAACUCAUGAUGAACAGAUCAGCAGGUGCUACUUAAGGGAUUUAUGAACGCAGAAACGACCAGAUUUUUUUUUUAAAUUUAUUGUUGGACUAGUGAGUGCUGCACAGAAAAGUCGUUUAACACUUGCUGGAACAGGUUACCCAAAAAUAAAGUGUCAGCCGUUUUUUCCAGAGUGUGUUACGUAGUGUCGAUGACAAACAGAUACUGAUGAUGGGUCCUUAAAUUGUCACUCAGCCUUAAAACCAUCAGACUAAAGCAUGCAUCUGAACUCCAGGAGCAUAAUGAAUUAAAUGAUUUUGCACACCUAGCCUUUCAUUAUAAAGCACCCUGUGGCCGUUUUUUUGUUCCCAUGUUUUGACACUAAAAAUUACAUUACUAGAGGCUGCUGCAUUGAGCUGAGCACAAAUCACAGAGAGUAAAGAUCUCAAAAAUUCAUUUUUACCAAAUCCAGGAACAAUGUGCUGCAGCAGGUUCUGAUUUCAGCUCAAAGGAAGCAAAGUUUGGGGGCUCAUUUCCUGCUACAGGGCCGACAAAACAUGCCAAAUUAAAGAACUACUAAUGUAUGUCUGCAAAGAAAUGCGGAGCGAGCCCUGUCAGCUUUUCUGAAACUUGUGAAAUAUUUUGGUUAAAAUUAAAACAAAUGAAAAGCCAAUGGGAUUGUUGGCUGACAGGUACUGUUACGGGUGUAAAAAAAAAAUGUUUUUUUAUUUAUUCAGCGGGAGUUUCAGCAUUAAGACGUAAUUUUGAUUUGUAACAGAAGACAUUUCUGCAGGAUGGUUAUCACUUUCCAAAUGACCUUAAAGGGUUUUUCUCACCCUGUGUUCUGUCUCAUGGUUUCUUGUGUAUUUUGAGGACAUUCAAUAAAUAUUCUGUAUGAUGUACAGAUGACUUAUUAA